AUGGGUGAAAGUCCAGAUCUACUUCUCCAAGUUCAUUCCUUCCUCUCGGCUGGUAUCAUGCAGGGGCCAUAUAUCUACCUAGUCGUGAUCACCCUCUCCUGCAAUGGUAAGUGACGGGGAACAAAAAAGGCUAUUAUUUGGGGGGUUUCCAGUGGUUAUCAUUUUGAGGUUAACUAUGGCAUCCCAUUUUUUUCUGGAAUAAGAUUUUAAAUCUGCAUGUUUCAGGUAGAUUCAUUGGACAAGAUGAAAUAUCUCUGGGUUAUUCACUAAGCUCUGAAUAGUAGUGAACAUUUGAAUAUCAGCUUGCUACAAUACAGUGUUUAGUGAAUAACAUUAUAUAUUUAGGAAUUCUGCGGGAAUCAAAUCACCAAAGAAUUGUAAAUUUUAUCCCAAAAUAGGUGACCCCGGAAUACAGUGACCAUGGAAAAUUAUUCAAAUGUAGGUGAUUUGUCCUAAAAUGUAUUAAUAUAAUUGUGGAGAGAAUAUAAAGGUGUGAGGAUGCAGUUUUAUUUAUAUAUAUAUAUAUAUAUAUAUAUAUAUAUAUAUAUAUAAAAAUCCAUAUGAGCCUACUGCCUUCUGGGAAAUUGUGCUGGCAUCCCCCAGGACUGUCCUGUUGGAGGAAUACAGUCUAUACAUACCGGCUGUAUAUCUCAAGGUGUCCACAUACCCGCUGUGACAUGUCAGAGCUAUGGGGGAGCAGGAACUUAUAAAGGGGAAAUGUAACUGUCCCAGUUAUUUACUCUCAUCUCCAUCUUUUAAACCCGUUGCGGAUGUAAACGUGGAUUACAAUGCUCCGUCACACAUUUUUUAGUUGGAUAAGAUGUUAUGAAAUAAACCGUCUCAGUCUGGUAAUUGCAGUUUGGGUUCUCCUUACACCAAAUCUUAUAAAGCCCCCACACCAGCACCUCCUGGGGAUUUAAGAAGUCUAUAUAAUAACUGAUAAAUAAAUACAUUUAAAGGGACUCCAGUGGUCACCCUACCCUAGUGCCUUUUUAAUUUCUUGCCCUCCAUACAGUGAGCAUACUGUUUGUAGAUUUCCUUCAGAUUAGCAAAAUGACGAAAACCUGCCUGGUGACCUUUAUUUCGUCCACACUGUCAUUCACUGCAUCUCUUUUUGCCUCCUUAGUUUAUUCUGCUGCCUCCGCUGGGUGUACGAGCCCUGCCACUGCACUCUGUAAUUUUGUCUGUGAUUGCUGGGAUUGCUCAGACGAGAGGCAUUGUGGUAAGUACACUGUGCCAACCUUGCCAGUAUGUGUAUAAUUUCUGCCUUUAUUACACUUAGCUUGCUAUACCAGCUUUGCAAGUAUGUGUAUCAUACCUCCCUUUACACUUAGCUUGCUAUACCAGCUCUGCCAGUAUUGUACCAUUUCUGCCUUUAAAUAAUCACUGUGAUAACUCUGUAAAACACAAAGGCACAUUUGGGACAUAAACUGGAUAUUAAACAGUAACAGGCCCCUGCACUCUGCUGAAGACCUACGUCUAUCCUCUGUCCGUACUCCUACAUCUGAUGCUCGCCUCCAAGACUUCUCCAGGGCUGCACUUUGUCUGUGGAACUCCCUUCCUUUUCCAUUAGACUUUCACCCAGUCUCCAUUCCUUUAAAAAAUCCUUUAAAAAAAUGUACUUCUUCAGGAAACAUAUCAAUUAAACUGUUAACAGCUUUUCAUUCCCCUUCCCCCAUGACUCCUCUCCUGCAACUGUCAAAUAUAACCUACUAAGCCCUCAGUGAAUACUUUUCUAGCAAACUCCUUUGUUACCCCUACUUAUACCCUUUGUGUCACUAUACCCCACUCCCUCUAGCAUGUAAACUCACUGAGCAGGGCCCUCAAUCCCUCUGUUACUGUCACUAUACCCAACUCCCUCUAACAUGUAAACUCACUGAGCAGGGCCCUCAAUCCCUCUGUUACUGUGUCACUAUACCCCACUCCCUCUAACAUGUAAGAUCACUGAGCAGGGCCCUGCCACUAUUUAAUACAUAUAAUUCAAAUGGAAACAUUCAUGCAUGUAAUUAUGCAUUUUUUCAUUAGGAACUUAUCUAAAAACAGCUUGCAAAAGCUGCAGAACUCUUGUCUGCAGCCUUUGCAAGCCCUCUUCUUCUAACCCUGCCCAGAUAUUCUGUGGCUGUCCAAUCACAGACUCCCCAAUGCAGCUCAAAGAAAAAUCUGUGCAAGGCAGGUGCUCAGUUGCUGCCUCUUGAGUUGAGCUUCACUGAGCUAAACAAACCAGGAAGUAACAGGACCAGUUGUCUGAUUGACAACCAGGGGGCGUUGCAAGUUGAAUUUGUAGAAGUACCAAUUCCUUUUGAAAAAAGUAAAAAGAUACACACUAUGCACACACGGGCAAAUCCAGAAACUAAUCUCAGGAGGUGCACUGGUAGAUUAUUUGUAAAGGAGCAAUCCAGGCACAUUAACCACUACAGCUAUCUGUAGUGGUUAUGGUACCAGUAGUGCCGUGGCAAAGUAAGUAGUCAAACCGUUUAAGAACAGUUUGACAAUUUACCUGUAGUCUCCUGGGAUUGGGGCUGUAGUGAAGGAUAGGGCCUGCAGUAGGGGAUAGAGACAGUAGUGUGUGUGUGUGUGUGGGGGUGUAGUGUGUGUGAGGGGUCAAGUGUGUGUGAAGGGUCAAGUGUUUGAGAAGGGUGCAAUGUCUGUGUGUGAGGGAUCAAGUGUGUGACGGGUGCAGUGUGUGUGAGUAGGGUCUGUGUGUGUGAGAGAUGUAUUGUGUGUGUAUGGGGUGGCUGCAUGUUAGGGGGGCAGUGUGUGUGUGUAUGGGGGGCAGUCUGUAAAUGUGUAGAGAGUAACAUUUUGUGUGUUGGGAUAGGGUAGCAAAUUUGAAUCAAAUAUAUAUAUGUGUGUGUGUAUAUAUAUAUAUAUAUAUAAUAUAUAUAUAUAUAUAUAUAUAUUAAAAUAAAUAUUCUUUAAAAUAAAUCCUCUUUUUAUCCCCCCUCCCUUCUUACCUUUGCCCCAGGGAGGGGGGACAGUACAAGGCAAUCCCUGGUGGUCCUCGUGGUUAAGCCCUGGUGAUCCUAGUGGUGAGAGUGAACUCUAGCUGGCAGCACCCGAGGCUAGAGUUCACUCUCGCAAAAUCCGGAGCUUGCGAGAGGAGAACCCGGUGGAGCUACAGGCUUGAGCUCCCUAAGGUCCUGUCCCCCCACUCCUGUAGGCUGUCCAGCAAGGUGCCUGUGGGUCGGUGAGGGAUCUCCCCUCUGGUCUGUGAAGGAAAACAGCAGGGCCGGCACUUGGAUAGCAACGGCUCUGCAUGGGCCAUCAGGGUUGAGCGUCAGGGCAUUAAUACUUUCUCAUGGGGGGAAGUGGGAAGGUGGCAAUCGCUCCAUUGCCCCCACCCUGGAUUCUUCACUGUCUGCACACAGAAACCACUUCAAGCUGAAGUGCUUUAGGUGUCCGGAGUGUCCCUUUAAUUUUGAACCCACUUUUAAUUCUCACUUUAGUGAAUAACUCGGUAAGGGAUGGAGGAGAUUUUGUAUUGAAGUAAGUAGAUCUGUUACUCCCCUGGGGUGACUUUGUGCCAAGCUAAUAAGAUAUUAGUUCAUUUUGUGAAAUAACGUUGUUUUGUUCCCUACAGGCUAUCAUAAGGACUCGGCUGUUUUAGGGGUUCCCUUCAGCUGUGACUUUGAGCACGAUGAUUGUGGAUGGAGAGAUAUCAGCACUUCCUCGUAUCGGUGGGCCAGAGAGCGCCUCAGUUCACCGAUGUGGGGAUCCCGUCCCCACGCGGACCAUACCCUCGGAAACCGAUGGGGUAAAACCAUUUCUGUCACCUACUGAGCUAUUCAAUAGUCAGGUCUAUUCAAUGCAUCCCAAUGCCUCUGGUCAUGGUUUUUAAAAAUCCAGUACCGUCCAGGACUGCGGAAUCCAGAAUUGUUUUCUCUAGAUUAAAUAUAGUCUCUCAGGGUUACUCACUAAAUGGGAAUUCAAAGUUAUUUCAAAGAGAAUUUCAAAUUUCAGGUCAGAACUGGAAAAAUUAAUUUCAGCUAUUCAUUUAACUACUGUGGCCUUAUAUUUGAAAUUCAUGUUGAAUUGUCUUGAAAUUCUAACUGUAGCGAAUAACCCUUUGGAUUCCUGCCUUUACUGAUAAACUCGGUGGCUUACACCCAGAACAUAAUUACGGAGUUAUACGCCUGAACACCCAGAACAUAAUUAUGGAGUUAUAUGUCUGAACGCCCAUUAAAUCAUAAUGUGACAGAACCAGCAGCUACAUGCUACUGAUAGGACGUUAUUCUGAAAUGUCAGCAUAUUCUCUUCCCAUAAUGUCUUAAAUAUGACAGUGUAUCAGACAGACGCCCUCACCUCGAUACAGAGGUCACACAGUCACUUAAACUGCAAAUAAAAUGGUGGCACAAGGCAAGAACCCAAUAGACAUUUGUUUAUGGCUUCCCCACAAUGAGAAAUUUUAAUGUAUAUAAUUAACAUGAGUCAGAUCUUUGUAUCUCCUCAAGCAGAAUGAGACUCCUAAAAGCUAAUCAAUUCUUAAAUCUUCCCAAGACCUACCGAGCAUUCCGUCAUUCCUGAUUGUAUUACCUGCACGGGACGCUGUAGUAAAUUCCCAGCCUUACCCCACUGGGUGAACCUGUAGCUCCUAUUCUGGGCAGCCAUUCCCUGCUCCCACAGCUAUUUUUGUCCUAAUGUUACUCUAUAGCCCAAUUACUCCUACAUAAUUAUAUUGUGCUUCCCUUAUCUGCCCACUCAGGAUGGUUCAUGGCCACGGGAGGCCACAGUGGGAUGUCUGCUGUCACUGCCACGGUCAGAUCCCCUGUACUUCGAAACGCUGCUGCCACCUGUGAAAUCCACGUUCACUACCACGUAUGGAGUUCAGGUAAAAAACAAAGACCAAAUUCAUGCAAUAAUGCUGAUACCUAAACAGGGGUAGAGAGAAGGCAGUUGGGAACGCCUGGUACACCCUUUUCCCCCCACCUAUGAUCAAUAUACCAUCCUGUUUCAGGUUCGACCAGUAACGGGAGCCUGUCUAUGCAGCUGACGGCUAAUGCUCAGACGUACACUUUGUGGGAAACCGGACUAAAAAGUGCUUUAUCAUGGAGGCGAGCUGUGAUGUACUCUGGAAGAAUUUCCGCUGAAUUUCAGGUGACACAAUGCAGAAAAAUAUAAAUAACCCGACCCGAUGUGCUUGUAUCGACUUUUAAUAUUGACUUUGAAAAACUUACUUAUCAAUUCUUUCUGUGAUCACUACAACUCCCAUGAUGCUUUGCCAGCCUUUAGGCUGGGGAUCUAUCUCCUGGCCACCAGUGGUCAGCGCAGUUGAAGUGACCAGACUUGAUCACACUCAUUACUGAUCAUUUACAAGUUCAUUUACAGGUAGUAGCCAGGAGCCUCUAACUUUCGGGUUCCACUGGUACAGGCAGUUGUAAUGCUAAUAAACUGUGAAUUCCACAUUAUCACAGUAAUCCCAAUUAAUCUAUCUAGAAUUCCCUCAAAUUAGUCUUUCUUCUUCUUUCACAGCUUUCUGUGACCUCAUCUUGGGAGUCCUCUGCUCACGGAAAUGUUGCAAUAGAUGAUAUUGAAUUCCGACAUUGCAUGCUGUCAGGUAUCACUCAGAAAAUGCUCUGUGAUUGGUGGGACUCUAUGUCCAAGGGUGGGGUUUCAUUUUCUGUGCUAUGAGUCUAUUUCCCCAAGGGCUGAGGUUCCAUUGCUAACAUUGGGUGGUCGGGUUAUACUGGGUGGUGGAAUGCAGUGGGGGCAGACUAUACUGUGUGCUGGACUGCAAUGGGGGCGGGGUACACUGGAUGGUGGAAUGCACUGGGACAGGAUAUAGUGGGUGGUGAAAUGCACUGGGGGCGGGAUACACUUGAUUUUGGAAUGCACUGGGGCGAAUACACUGGAUAGUGAAAUGCACUGGACGGUGGUGUAUGCUGCGCUAUUCAAUACACUGGGUAGUGGAAUGCACUGUGGCAGGGUAUACAGGGUGGUGUUAUGCUGGAGGGUAGGAUGCACUGGGGUGGGAUACACUGGAUGGUGGAAUGCUUCUGUGCUAUGAGUCUAUUUCCCCAAAGGCUGCGGUUCCAUUGCUAACAUUGGUUGGUUGGGUAAUACUGGGUGGUGGAAUGCAGUGGGGGCAGAAUAUACUGUGUGCUAAACUGCAAUGAGGGUGGGGUAAACUGGGUGGUGGAAUGGACUGGGACAGGAUAUAGUGGGUAGCGGAAAGCACUGGGGGGUGGGAUACACUGGAUUUUGGAAUAUACUGGGGCGGAAUACACUGGAUAGUGGAAUGCACUGGAUUAAUUGCUGAAUAUGCUGGAUGGUGGUGUAUGCUGUGCUAAUCAAUACACUGGGUAGUGGAAUGCACUGUGGCAGGUUAUGCUGGAUGGUGGAAUGCUCUGGGGGCAGGAUACACUGGGUGGUGGAAUGCACUGGGGGCAGGAUACACUGGGUGGUGGAAUGCACUGGGGGCAGGAUACACUGGGUGGUGGAAUGCACUGGGGGCAGGAUACAUUGGGUGGUGGAAUGCACUGGGGCGGGAUACAUUGGGUGGUGGAAUGCACUGGGGGUGGGAUACACUGGGUGGUGGAAUGCAUUGGUUGCAGGUUAUAUUGGGUGGUAGAAUGCACUGGAUGGCUGAAUAUGCUGGAUGGUGGUGUAUGCUGUGCUACUCAAUACACUGGGUAGUGGAUUGCACUGUGGCAGAUUAUACUGGGUGGUGGAAUGCACUGGGGCAGGAUACACUGGGUGGUGGAAUGCACUGGGGCAGGAUACACUGGGUGGUGGAAUGCACUGGAGCAGGAUAUGCUGGGUGGUGGAAUGCACUGGAGCAGGAUAUGCUGGGUGGUGGAAUGCACUGGGGCAGUAUAUACUGGGUGGUGGAAUGCACUGGGGGUGGGAUGCACUGGAUGGCUGAAUAUACUGGACGGUGCAGUACGUUGUGCUUUGCAAUGCGGUGGGUGGUGGAAUGGACUGGAUGGCUGAAUAUGCUGGACGGUGGAGUACGCUGUGGUAUUCAAUGCGGUGGGUGGUGGAAUGCGCCAUGAAUUUGUUGCAGUGACUUGAAAAUUGUGUGAAAAUCAUAAUCUAAUCAUUGCUUUUCUACAUUCUAAGUGCCGCAGGUUUCAUGCCACGAUGGGCAGAAGCAGUGUGACCGUGGGUCUUGUGUAGACAACAAAGCCUGGUGUGAUGGAACCGAUGACUGUGGUGAUAAUUCAGAUGAGAAGAAUUGCAGUGAGUAAUAUAGAAGAUAAGUCGUGCGUACACUGGGAGCAGAACGAUUAUUCCCACGUAAACCAACUGAAUGGGUCGCAAGCUGGCACAGCUUUCUGACUGCUCUACUCCAGAAAAAAAUUAUUUCAGUUAGCCUGUCAAUUUGUCUAUCUGUCUAAGUGUCUGUCUGUCUGCCAUUCUCAUCAUAGAUUAGCCCAAAAUAUAGAAUGUAGCCAUUUUUCCAUCUAGGCUGUCUGAUCCUGCCUUACCCCUCCUGCACUGUUGAGACGUAUAAAUAUAUUUUCCAUGGCGAUAGAUACAUUGAUUGUUUUAAUUUAUACAAUUUAUCACAGUUGUUUAUCAUUCUUCCAGCGAAUUAUCAUGUCUGUGACUUUGAAAAUGAUACGUGCGGCUGGAAUGUAACCAACUGGAAUAGAGUCGAUGGAUUCAGCUCCAGGCCGAGUCGAGAUCACACUUCGAACAGCCGCUCUGGUGAGUGUUGGUAUCACAGACUGAGUAAAUGCUCCAUCCUCACCAGCCCUGCAGGCUGAAUUUCUGGAACCCCUCCAGAUAUUGACAAAAUGUCACCUUAACUGGGAUUCUUUUAUCAGAUAUAAAUCUCACCAAAAAGAUCCGGCCCCUUUGAAGAGCUCUUGCAUGAGAAAAAGGCCCUGUAUUUGUUCUGCGCAACGCAAGGAAAUGUAUUGACAUGCGCUGUGUUUGCUUGUGACUUGUCUUUGAUGUCUCAUAAGUGGGAUACCAGAGUACAAAACGUCCAGGAAAGCGUAUUGUGAGUGUGUUUGGAGCCUGCUUAUGGGAUUGCGUGUGUUUAGAGUGAGCUUACUGUGGUGUGGUAUUUUUUGUAAAAAGUUACAUUGUAGUGUGUUUAGGGGCUGUAGUCUGUGUGUAUAGGUCAUGUAGUGUGUGUAGGGGCUGUAGUCUAUGUGUGUAUAGGUGAUGUAGUGUGUGUAGGGGCUGUAGUCUAUGUGUUUAUAGGUGAUGUAGUGUGUGUAGGGCUGUAGUCUAUGUGUGUAUAGGUGAUGUAGUGUGUGCAGGGGUUGAAGUCAGUGUGUGUAGGGGAUGUAGUCUAUGUGUGUAUAGGUGAUGUAGUGUGUGUAGGGGCUGUAGUCUAUGUGUGUAUAGGUGAUGUAGUGUGUGUAGGGGCUGUAGUCUAUGUGUGUAUAGGUGAUGUAGUGUGUGUAGGGGCUGUAGUCUAUGUGUGUAUAGGUGAUGUAGUGUGUGCAGGGGCUGUAGUCUAUGUGUGUAUAGGUGAUGUAGUGUGUGCAGGGGUUGUAAAGUGUGUUUUUAUAGGGGAUACAUUGUGUGCAUAGGGGAUCCAGAGUGUGUAUGUCAGGAAUGUAGUGUGUGUAAGUGGUGCAGUCUGUGCCUAUAGGAGAUGCUGCUCCCCUCCUGCCUAUGUGUAGCUUGACUGAGCGGUCUGACAGGAAGUGCUAACUGUUAACAGGGCCAGCCUUAGGGGUGUGCAAGCUGUGCGGCCGCACAGGGCGCCAUGGGAGCAGGGGGCGCCAUGCGGCCGACACAGCUCACACAUAUAUUGCGGCAUGGCGGAGCUUACCAUGCGGUGGAGGCAGAGCUAAACUGAUGGCGGAGCUAAAAGUGCCGGGUAACAGCUGCAGGGGAAACAGGAAGGAGUCCCUGCUUCCCAAACAACCAGUCUACAGGAGCUGCACUGCCUCCACUCCUCCAUAAGGAACAGAGGUAACAAUGUGUGAUUCUCUGCCUGUGUGUGUGUGGCUGUCUGUCUAUGUGUGUGACUGUCUGCCUGUGUGUGUGUGUGUGUGUGUGUCUGUGUGUCUGUGCCUGUGUGUGGGACUGUCUGCCUGUGUCUGUGUGUGGGACUGUCUGCGUGUGUGUGUGUGUGACGAUCUGUGUGUGUGUGUGGCUGUCUGCCUGUGUGUGUGUGUGGCUGUCUUCCUGUGUGUUUGUGUGUGGCUGUGUGUGACUGCCUGUGUGUGGCUGUCUGCCUGUAUGUGUGGAUGUCUACCUUUGUGUGUGGCUGUCUGUCUUCCUUUGUGUGUGUGUGUGUGUGUGGAUGUCUUCCUGUGUGUGACUGUCUGCCUGUGUGUGUGACUGUCUGCCUGUAAGUAUAUGUGUGUAAGACUGUAUGUGUAGCUGUGUGUGUGGCUGUCUGCCUGUAAUUGUGUGAGAGUGUGUUUAUCUGCCUGUAACUGUGUAUGUGUGUUACUGCCUGUAUCUGUGUGUUUCUGCCUGAUCCUGUGUAUUUGACUAUUUCCCUGCGACUGUGUGCAUGUGGUGGAUUUGACAGUGUAUAUGUAUAACUGUGUAUAACUGUGUGCAUCUGACUGUGGGACUGUGUGCACAUAACUUUUUAUCUGAAUUAAAUACCUAUCACACACAGCCAAUAAACCCAGCACAAAUAUCACAUACAACCAAUACACGCAUAUCACACCCAGUUAAUACACCCAUUACAAAUAUCUCACAGAGCCAACACAUGGUAUGCAUAUCACACACAGCCAACACAUAGCAUACAUAUCGCGCACAGUCAUCACACCUAUCACAUACACAGACAACACAAACAUUACAUCAUAUUAUAGUGAGAUAUAUUACAGUGGAGCUCUGGUAUAUAAAAUGCACAUUACUCUGUUUUAUAGUUAGGGAGCUCGGUGAUACUCUAAUAGGCACAUUACUUAGAGUUGUAUUGUUGUGUAGUGUAUGAUAUUGUCACAGAGCUCCACAUUACUGGGAGUUUUAUUGUUAUGGAGCUCUGUGAUAAAUGGAGAAGUAGCGCAUUACUACAAAUUUUUAUUCCAAAGAGGUCAAGGUAAAUAAGAAUAAUCGAGAGCUCCAAAGCCAAACCACUCACAGUAUUAUGUGACAUACUUAGUCUGCUCCUCUGUAAUGUAGGGGAGGCAGUCUGGCACUUCUGGCCUGCAUACUAUAAGUAGCUGUCUUCCUAGCUCGGGAUAAUCAGAGCGCUGCCGCAGACAGUUACGCAUGGUCUGCACCCCGUGGAGGGGCAGACCAGAUUCAGAUCAGCAUGCCCUCUCCCAGCUAGGUAACAGGAAAGAAGGAAUGAAUACUUGUUUUUAAAUAAUUAUUAAUUUAAUAAAUCCCCUAUACAAUCACUACACUCCUAUACACACACUAUACAUGGAUGUGAAGAUUUUUCGCACAAGGUGCCUAAAGGCCUAAGGCCGAUCCUGACUGUGAAGCAGGUACUGGAGGGGGGGAGAGGGAGGAAUGGGACACGGGAGGAAUGGGUCACAGUGAGGUGUAGGAAUGGAACAGCAGGGAGUGGGGAAAGGGGGAGGAAUGGGACACAGGGAGGGGAGAGGGAGAAAUGAGUGACGGGGAGGGGGUAAAGGAGAGGAAUGGGUCACAGGGAGGGGGGAGGAAUGGGUCUCAGGGAGGGGGGAGGGAUGGGUCACAGUGAGGUGGAGGAAUGGGACACAGGAGUGGGGAAAGGGGGAGGAAUGGGUCACGGGAGGAAUAGGUCUCAGGGAGGGGAGGGAGAAAUGGGACGGGAGGCUGGGGAGGAGGCUAUGGGGAGGGGCUGGGGGAGAGGGGGACACGGAGGGGCUGGGGGAGGAGGCUAUGGGACACGUGGAGGGGCUGGGGGGAGGAGGCUAUGGGACACGUGGAGGGGCUGAGAGGGGAGAGGGAAUGGGACACAUGGAGAAGGUGGGGGGAGGGAAUGAGACACAUGGAGAAGGUGGGGGGAGGGAAUGAGACACGGGGAGGUGAGAAUGAGACACAGUGGAGGUAGGCCCCAGAGAAAGUUUUGCACCAGGGCCCGGUGGAUUCUAGUUACUCCUCUGAUCUCACCUCUCUAUAAACCAUAAAUACUCAUUAAGCUGUCACCUCUCCCCAAGUCAAUGACUGAAUGCAGCACUACACAAACGUCAUUUAAUUUAUAGCAGGAGAGCAUGUUUUGGUAGAUGUGAAAUAUACUCCUGCCAGUUAGUAUCGAACAUGUUGUAGCUAUAGAUAUUAGUAAUAUUGAGAUAAUGUGAGAGAUUUCUCUGGGAUGUAUUCCAGGUUACUUCCUGCGGGCUCACAGUGAAAAUGAUCUCUCUGGGCCUUUAAUAAACCCAGCCACCAACGAAACCUGCUUUGUGAGUUACUGCACCCACGUACCUCUCUAUAACACGUACAGAUAUCUCCCCACCUCUAUAUAACACGUACAGCAAUCGCUCCACCUCUUUAUAACACGUACAGCUAUCUCUCCACCUCUAUAUAACACGUACAGCUAUCUCUCCACCUCUCAUUAACACGUACAGCUAUCUCCCCACCUCUAUAUAACACGUACAGCUAUCUCUCCACCUCUCGAUAUCACAAGCAGCUAUCUCUCCACCUCUCUAUAACACGAACAGCUAUCUCUCCACCUCUCUAUAACACGAACAGCUAUCUCUCCACCUCUCUAUAACACGAACAGCUAUCUCUCCUCCUCUCUAUAACACAUACAGCUAUCUCUCCUCCUCUCUAUAACAUGUACAGCUAUCUCUCCUCCUCUCUAUAAUGUGUACACCCUUACUCCCUCACCUUACUAUAGCACACAGCGAUCUCUCCACCUCUCUAUAACACGUACAGCUAUUUCUCCUCCUCUCUAUAACACAUACAGCGAUCUCCCCACCUCUCUAUAACACAGCGAUCUCCCCACCUCUCUAUAACACAUACAGCGAUCUCCCCACCUCUCUAUAACACAUACAGCGAUCUCUCCACCUCUCUAUAACAGAUACAGCUAUCUCUCCACCUCUCCAUAACACGUACAGCUAUCUCUCCACCUCUUUAUAACACGUACAGCUAUCUCUCCUCCUCUAUAUAACACGUACAGCUAUCUCUCCUCCUCUCUAUAACACGUACAGCUAUCUCUCCUCCUCUCCAUAACACGAACAGCUAUCUCUCCUCCUCUAUAUAACACGUACAGCUAUCUCUCCUCCUCUCUAUAAUGUGUACAGCUAUCUCUCCUCCUCUCUAUAAUGUGUACAGCUAUCUCUCCACCUCUCUAUAACACGUACAGCUAUCUCUCCACCUCUCUAUAAUGUGUACAGCUAUCUCUCCUCCUCUCUAUAAUGUGUACAGCUAUCUCUCCUCCUCUCUAUAAUGUGUACAGCUAUCUCUCCUCCUCUCUAUAAUGUGUACAGCUAUCUCUCCACCUCUCUAUAAUGUGUACAGCUAUCUCUCCUCCUCUCUAUAACACGUACAGCUAUCUCUCCACCUCUCUAUAAUGUGUACAGCUAUCUCUCCUCCUCUCUAUAAUGUGUACACCCUUACUCCCUCACCUUACUAUAGCACACAGCUAUCUCUCCUCUCUAUAAGAUUAACAGAAGACCCCAGCAGUAAAUCUAUCCUAAUACUAUAUCUGGUAUUAAUAUUACAGAUUUACUGCUGGGGUCUUCUGUAAUUCCCUGGUUCCCCCCCAUGAUGUAUGUCAAAUAUUCUGACAGUCAUUUCCGAUGCAUCCUGUGUGUUUGCAGCUUGUUUUGUAUUAUAUGAUGGACGGAUCAAACAGCAGCCGCCUGGUUAUCGGUUAUCGCUUAUCCAACCAGGCUACCAUAGUGCAAGCCAAGGUUAUCCAAGGACCGCGCGACAAUGUGUGGCUGCGAGAGAGCGUUCACCUCCCCGCUAUCAGUGACACCUAUCAGGUAACGUUCAAAACCAAUGACACGCUAUUGUACAACGCUAUGGAAUAUGCUGGUGCUGUAUGAUUAAAAUUAUAAUAACCCUAUAAUGGCACACAAACAAGAUAAGGGCUGGGUCUGUAUAUUCUGGGAUCCCUAUAAAAUGGUACCCUGAGCAUCUCCCCAUGGUGCAUUAUGGGAAAUCCAUGGAUACUGUAGCCAGCGAUCAUUUAUAAAUAAAUACAGGCUGUGAGUGUGACUGCCUUUAUAUAGUGUGUCUGUUGUAUAACUUCAUCUCCUCCCCAGAUUAUAAUCCGAGCUAACAUUGCCUCUGGGACUGAUGCCAUUAUCGCUCUGGAUGACCUUAUCCUGUCUCCUGAUUGUAAUGUAAACGGUAAGACUGAAAGGAGAGAAUAAACUGAUACUGUGAGAUACCAGAUCAGGAUGAUUAAUGGGAGAUUCUCAGGGUGAAUGUGCAGAUUCUGAGGGUGAAUGCAGAGAUUCAGGGUGAAUGCACAGAUUCACAGGGUAAAUGCACAGAUUCACAGAACGAGUAAUGGGCAGAUACUCAGGGUGAAUGCGGAAAUUCACAGGACGAGUGAUGGGCAGAUUCUCAGGGUGAAUGCGGAAAUUCACAGGACGAGUGAUGGGCAGAUUCUCAGGGUGAAUGCGGAGAUUAUCUGGGCGAAUGUGCAGAUUCUCUGAAUUAACUCAUUUUCCCAUGUUCUCUGCUAUGGCUAUGAAAUAUUUUGGCACUCACAUUAUCUAUUUUGCUCAAUGCAUUUUAUGUCCAAUAUAACAUUGAUUUGCUGUGUUAUCUUCCAGCUCAUGUUGGUGAAUAUUUGUUUUCUAUCUUUUCAGAGACUUACAGUUUGAAUCCUAUGAUACAAAUUCAGAGUUUAUUAUCUGUAGAAAACGACGCCCGUAUCAACACAAAGGAGACAUGUAAGGAGGUACCAGGUAAUCCCAUGCUGCUAUAUAUAAUAUGUAUGUUCCGGGUAAAAAUGACCUUUUAAUAAUUGCUGUGUACCUGCUUCUUUCCCAUAGAAAGGUUUGACUUCGAGGCUGGAGAUGAUGGAUGGGUGGAUUUUAGUAUCGGAACGCAAAGAUGGGGGACAGGAUCCACAACAUUUCCAGGUAAAGAAAUCUUGAAACAGUUCAUUGUAUUAUAUUAUAUACUGUGACUUGUAACCAAUACCAAAGGCGUAUCCCAAUCAACCUCUCAGACAGUAAGUAAUCCCUCUGCUCGCUCCGUCCUUCCAGGCAGAAAAUGAUCCCUCUGCCCGCUCCGUCCUCUCAGACAGGAAGUAAUCCCUCUGCUCCCUCCUUCCAGACAGGAAGUAAUCCUUCCAGACAGGAAGUAAUCCUUCCAGACAGGAAGUAAUCCUUCCAGACAGGAAGUAAUCCUUCCAGACAGGAAGUAAUCCUUCCAGACAGGAAGUAAUCCUUCCAGACAGGAAGUAAUCCUUCCAGACAGGAAGUAAUCCUUUCAGACAGGAAGUAAUGCCUCUGCUCGUUCCGUCCGUCCUGGCAGAAAGUGAUCCCUCUGCUUCUUCGUCCUCUCAGACAGGAAGUGAUCCCUCUGCUGCUUCGUCCUCUCAGACAGGAAGUGAUCCCUCUGCCCGCUCCAUCCUCUCAGACAGGAAGUGAUCCCUCUGCCCGCUCCAUCCUCUCAGACAGGAAGUGAUCCCUCUGCUCGCUCCAUCCUCUCAGACAGGAAGUGAUCCCUCUGCUCGCUCCAUCCUCUCAGACAGGAAGCGAUCCCCUUGCCUGCUUCGUCCUCUUAGGCAGGAAGCGAUCACUCUGCCCGCUCUGUCCACUCAGACAGGAAGCGAUCCCUCUGCUCGCUCUGUCCACUCAGACAGGAAGCGAUCCCUCUGCCCGCUCCGUCCAUCCAGGCAUCAUGUGAUCCCUCUGAACGUUCUGUCUUCCCAGGCAUGAAACGAUCCCCCUGCCUGCUCCAACCGUCCAGACGGGAAGCAAACCCUCUGCCUGCUCCAUCCAUCCAAAGAGGAAGAGAUCCCUCUGCAUGCUCUUUCCUCUCAGACAGGAAGUGAUCCCUCUGCCCACUCCAUGCCCACUCUGUCCUCCCAGGCAGGAAGCAAUCCCUCUGCCCACUCUGUCCACUCCGACAGGAAGCGUUCCCUCUGCUGCUUCGUCCUUUCAAACAGGAAGCGACCCCUCUGCCUGCUCCAUCCUCUCAGACAAGAAGUAAUCCCUCUGCCCGCUCCGUCCAUUCAGGCAGGAUGCGAUCCCUCUGCCUGCUCCGUCCUCUCAGGCAGGAUGCGAUCCCUCUGCCGGCUUUGUCUUCUCAGACAGGAAGUGAUCCCUCUGCCCACUCCUGGCACCGCCUUUAUAAAGAUGCUUCUUGGCACUAAGGCCUAGCUCCUUACCUACAGGUUCUUCGACUCUUUAGCUGAUCCUGAAUACCUGGGAGCAAUGCUGUCACAAAAAAAGACCCUUAGACUCUGUCACUAGGCUUCUGGUAAGGAACACAGUCUCACAUAGUUCCAAAAGGAACUGGAUCAAUUAUUCAUGUUUAAUCUGGGACUAUCCUUUAAUAACGCUACAUUUAAUUUAUUGUGAUGCAUUCAAAACAGUACACAAAACAUUAAGAUAUAGGUAACAAUGCAAUUAAAUAAAAUAUAUAACUGCCACACAGGAGAGCAUCAUUGGAAAACAUAUAAAAUCCAAAUCCUAAAGGAUUCUGUCUGAAUUUCACAACCAAUAUAUAUAUAUAUAUGAUAGCUAGUCACUGCUGAGCACCAACCACAUGUGAUGAUGCUCCAGCCGUGUAGUAAAGUAAAUGAGGUUCUGAUAAUCCCUCUUCUCCUACCUUUUUGCAUUGCUUUUUUAAAAAAAAAAAAAAUUUCACUAAUAUGUGUAAAGUAAAAUAAAUAAGACUAUUAGAAAUCUUGAGUCCCUUUCCCUUUGAUUUAGUAUCAGUAUAAUUUCUAUGAUCCUAUCAUAAUCAAUAUAGGAAGGGACCAUCUUAUUUACACAUAUUUUUAACUUUUGGCACAAUAAUGUAUCAAAUCCUUGUACAAGAGAGAUACACUUUACAUCGAACUGCUAAGUGUAUCUGUUUUGUUUCAUCUGUACAUGAUACGAUCAGGGUACAUAUUGAUACUCUUUUGUUCGCCACUAUAGUUAACAUAUAAGGAGGUGGAGCUAGCCCCCACGUCACCUAGUAUCAGUUCCAUCAUGUGGGCGGAUUUGGAUAUUUUGAUUGAUAUUUACCCUAUUACCGCCCAUCUACAAUACGUAAGUAUGCUAGCCCCGCCCAUCGGAGGAUUUGGCGCAAGAUCUAAUAACAGAGUGACCGAGGAGAAACUAAUACCGGACACACCUCUGUGAAUACACCAGUUUGAUUGGAGGGUUGAUGACUCAGAUACUGAGGACUAAGGUAUAUAAAACCUCUCUUUUUAGCAGUUCGCUUUCCUCUGACGAAGGUGCUUCCCUUACAGCACCGAAACGCGCGUCAGGCGUUCCUUUUUUUAUUUUCAUUUAAUGGGCACUUAACACUUGGCACGGCAUGGUAUUAGACCUGCCUCACAUGGGUUUUUCUCGUUACUCAUAACAUUCUAUUUAGUUUGCUCCAUUACCCUCUAGAUGGACAUAGGAAGUGAGGUAUUGAUUAUUUUCAUUGCAAGAUUUAUAUACAGUAUACUUCUUUAACUAUACCCUCUAUCUUCCUUCAUCUUAACUCUCUGACAGCUCUAUACUCUAAUAAUCUGUCCGUAGAUAUACCAUUGAGCACUCUAAGCAUCAUGGUUUCUAUGAGGAAUAUUUCUUAAUCUACUUCCAGUUGCACCUCUAUAGGGACAAGUUCUAUCUGCUAUACUAUAUAUAGAUUGUAUUUUUAUUGUUUAUUUAUUUAUUUAUUUUUUCACUGAGGUGAUUUACUGGAUGAGAGAUAAUUAAACUAUCCACAAAGACUUGUGAUUACAUGUAGCAAAUUAAUAGACCUCUCAAAUAGAGGAUCUUUUUGACAAUUUGAUAAGUUGGGAUAGGCAUUUCAAUAUCAGGGAUAGCAAUUAAGAGGAUUUUAUUUUCGUUUUUUAUUGGAGCAAUUUGGUAUUGAUUUUAUGUUUAAACCCUCACUUUAUUGGGAUAUUUCAGAAUUUAUGGGUAUAUAGUUAAUAUUUAUCUUAUUAGACUACUUCAUAUUUCCAGGAAACACAGCGAGUCACGAAUGUUUUAGACUUUGUGACAAGCACCUUUUCUUCUUCUGAAUUUCGCAACCUUUGCAAAUAUACGCAAAUCAUAUAGUCAAGGCAGAUAAAUGUGCUUUAACCAACAGUUAGCGCUGCUUAAAUAUUCAUGGUCCUCGGAAUCUGGACUUCCUAAAUUGUCAGCUUGGUGCAGCAUAAUCCUUAGGAUUCGGGUUAAUCAGGUUGUAACCGUGUUGUUGGUGGUGACCUCGUGACCUCCUACCUGGGAACACACUAAUAGAGAUUGAAUCCUGAGUAUCUGAGACCUGACUUUGGGACAGUGUGCAGGGAAUCUGCAGCACCAGAUCUGAGCACCUACCAUAGCAUGCCUACACCCAGUUCCAGGUCAUGAUUCUUGGUAGGUAAGUGCUCUCCUCUCUUUCAGGGUGCCUAUUGGUGACAAGCAGUGAGGGGAACCUUCUAACCAAUGCCGUAAUUCACAGCCCCACAUUCUGUUCCACCGGGCCUGCGUGUGCUAUCAACAUGACCUACUACUUCAACAGUGGACCAACAGGUACCUUCUGGGAGGUGAACACAGAACAGACUGAGUUAGAGAGCCCCAAAACCCCAUUUAUCAUUAGUCCUACAUAGCAUUUACCCACCAGAGGGUUAACGAGAAAUUCCUGCAAACAAGUGAAGUGCAUAUGGGUUUCAAGCGGAAGAUAAUCUAAUAGAAAGCUGAAUCAGGGAACCAAAAUUCUGAAUAACCAAUAAUCCAAUUUCAGACCAGGCCGAUAGACACAGGCCUAGGGCAUAGAGUAACAGCUCUAUAGAGGCUUUGCUCUAUUUAAUAUAAUUGUUUAUAAAUUAUUAAUUUUUAAAUUAUUUUAAAUUCUUUAUUACAUAAAUCCAUAGGGAUGUAUAUCGAUGGUGGAGGGUGUGUACUGUGAGGUAGUAUGAUAUAAGUUUUUUAUCAGUGAAAUUAAAUGACUUUUUAUGUACAGUGACAUAAAAUGACACAUGACAGGAUUUUGGUGUCAUUAAAUGACAUCAGUCUACCAGGAGAGACUGCAAAGCAAAUGUCUUAAGGGUGGAAGGUGGGAACACAGUGCUUGGAAAACCAUUACCAUCAGAAUGCCAUGGCAACCAGUUAUUAUUUUACCAGGGCCAGACAUGCAUUAUUGGAGGAAAUUCCCCCCUGGGCUCCCAGGAUCAGUCAGCAAGGGAAUAAACCGGGCCCUCAGAAACCCAAAAAGAUAAUCUUUGUAGCUGGGUUACAUUAGAAUGUAAUUACACAUUGAUAUUUUAAUAUACUGCACAUGGUCCUUUGACUGAAGUGUCACAGUAAUCCAAUCUGUCCAACGAAACCUUUAUUUCAUAAAAUAAUCCAUAAGGAGAAGACUUGGUGGGAUUAUGUGGCUGUGGAAGUUACCAUUGAGUGUUGCUGUUCGCAGGCUCCCUUUCGGUACGUGUUUGGGACCUGGAGCAGGAUACCCAUAGCCACGUCUGGUACAGCGAGGAGCAGGAUGAGUCAUGGAGAUCGGUGGUGAUUCCCUUGGGAGAGAGGACGCAGCCAUUCCAGGUACAGAGCCCAUAAUAGCGAUAUGGCCUUUACCUCCUGAUCUGUAACAUUCUGCACACUAACAUUAAGGAUCACACUUGGUGCCCUACUAAGACCAUCAGGGGGUCAAUAAGCCAAGUAUUACACCGAAAACAUGCUCGGAAUACUUAGUAUACCAUGUAGUUUCAUUUUAAAUUAUGGGACUUACAUUCCUGUAUAAAACUGGGGGUGUUCUUUCUCUGUGAUGUCUGACUGGUAUCUUCUAGUGGCUUUGGGUUUCUGGUUUCAGUUGGUUCUGUCUGCAUUUAUGGACCCUCUUUCUGGAGAAAGGUGGGCGGCCUCGGUCGAUGAGAUACAGUUUCUGCAAUGCAAGACGAUCCCUAGUGACACAGGUAUUCUUACUUACAAUUUAUGUUCUAGUUGUACAUGCGCUAGUUGUAGUUUAGAUACACACAGUUCACACAAGUGAUUGUAUAUGUUUCUAUAUAAAUGAGGGCUAAAAAGUUAUCUCUUACUCUGAGCUAAUAGACUGUACAGCAGACAUUACAAGGUUUGUGAUAAUAAUUUAUCCCACCUACCUAAGACUGAUACUUGGCAAGGUCAGCCAUCACUGUCUCUACAAUUCUUAGUGAGUAUUAAACUGCAGAGGCUAGUUAGAACAGUAAGGGAUGUCUGUAGGGCAAGGGGUAAGUUGGUACAAUUAUUAAAUGGUGUGGCAAGAUAAGAUGUAACUCUGCAUAAUUUCCAAUAAAAAUGUUUGGAUAAUUAAAUGUGUCCCUCUGGGAUUUGAGAGAAACGUCCUAACAAACAAUGAUCACUAACCUCCCCCCCCCAUAUGUGUGUGGGAACUGCAUUCCCCAUGAUGCUAGACUACAUUUGAGAUGCCAAAAUUAGCAGUACCUGUCAUGGAAUAUACUUUGUAAGUGAAGAUUGUACAAAUACCUCUCCCAUAAUGCUUUGUAACUGAUGGUUUUACUAGCGCUGACCUGUAACUUUGAGAUGGGGCUCUGUGGCUGGUACCAGAAUCCGACCGAUGAGAUUAAUUGGGAACUUGGUGAACUGUUUGAUCACACCACUGGUAACGGUAAGUCCCCUAAAUCUAGACACUUGUAACUCAGGGAGAAGCAUGUAGAAAUCGUAGUUUAAAUGGAUGGUGGAAUAAAAGGUGAAAUUCAGUUUCAAGUUUAUUCACUAUCACUAGCGAUGAGAUGGAGAAUUUUUCCUAAUCAGAAAAUUGCCCUUAAUUUUGCGGUUCACUGCAAUUCACUUUUUAGUGAAAAAACAAGAGAAUGUGGAGCAUGGAGAGAAAUACGGUACGUUUUAGUCUAAAGUAGCAAAACUGGGAAAAUUAUUUAUCAUCUUUUUCCUUUUCCAUUUGUAAAAUUUUAUCUACAGUUGUGCAUUGCCCAUGUCAAUUAUGCACAAAUAUUAGCUUAUUCAAUAGACCCAAAGUGUCAGGAUAUAUUUGAAAUAUUGAAUACUCCUUCAUGAGACAGGUUUGACCUGAGAGGUUAACAUGUUAGUUUAAAUUUCUCAAAGCCUCUCAGUGUCCAAGUUAAUCUCUCAAAGCAAUUCAAUUCAAUAUCUACCAGAUCCUGGAAAGGAAAGGUGUCUCACUGUCUGCUGGUAUAAAUCUAUCAACAUUUACCUUUACUUUAAAAUCCUGGCAGAAUUCUGCACCAAGCCCAUAGUAGAAAAUAUUGAUUCUUCUCGCUAUCUAUGAAUUUGUUAAGGCAGAUAUUCACAGAGUAAAUGGAGAAAGAAUGAAGUCAGCACUGAUGAUUAGGGAGUUUAGUGCUAUAUGUUUGUGUGAAGGAAUGGGAGGGCUUACUUUUUGAUAACAAGUACAACGCAGCCCAUUUGCGCAGUGAUACUGGACAUGUUAGAGAAUGUCAGUUUUCUAAUAAUUUGUUUGGAUAUAAUCAUUAGGCAAAUGCCUGCAUGUGACUGGGGAAUCGCGUAUGGAUCGGGGAACGAAAGCCCGUCUUAUAUCUUACCCACAAUCCGUGGAUUCCAGUACCCAGUGUCUGUCAUUCUAUUACCGUAUAUGGGGCCCAGAUGCAGGUACGUCCAUUCUGUUUUUUAUUAUCCCAUGAGUGGAGUUUGUUUGUAGAGUGGCAUGUGACAUCCUUAUGGGAGAUAACAUGAUAUUGACAAGCAGGGCCGGAUUAAGAGCCCAGUGGGCCUGGUGCUUACAAUUAUGAUGGGCUUAAUUACAGUAUCUUAUCGACCAAAAACACUAAAACAAUCAUACCUCCCAAGCAUCAUGUAUCUGAUGGAGAUGGUGUUGGAGGGAAACUCAAAGGAUGCAGCUAUAAGAAACCACAUACUCUAUGCUAAUCUCUCUCUAAUUUAUGCUUUCAUCUUUCAAGUAAAUCCAUACCCCCUAACAGCAGUGUCCAGUGAAGCUGGAAGUCAAUGUGCGGGGUAAAAGGGUGUGCCACUGGUGCAAAUCACGUGACCAGACCUGCCAAAAGGGGAGAACAUGCCCAAAAAGAGGGCAUUGUUUGUCCAAAGAAUUGGAAGGCCAGCCUGGUAUGAAUGCAUGUCAGGCUGCCUGCCAACCAUGCAGGCUGUCCAACUAAGGGCAUACUAUGCAGGCAGCACCCUGAGCUUGACAUAAAUGCAUCAAAUGAUGCGCUCACUCAACGCUUUCUAAGGACUGUCCCCUAGCACUCACUGGUCCACUUGUCUCCUUACCUUCUUACUAGCAGGCAGAAGUUCCUGGUAUAUAGUCUGGGACAGAGUAAAGGUGUAUGUAGUGAGUGUAGAAAAAAGGGGACAUGCCACAGUGUUAGAGAGACAAAAGUCUGCAUUACCUAAACUAAUUUUAUUGUCAGCCAGUCCACACAGGUUUUGUUCCCAUACAUCCCUCUUAAGCUUCCAAACUUAAAGGGACACUAUAGUCACCAGAACAACUACAGCUUAUUGUAUUUAUUCUGGUAAGUAGAAUCAUUCCCUUCAGGCUCUUUGCAGUAAACACUGUCUUUUCAGAGACAAUAACUCCACUGGCCACUCCUUAGAUGGCUACUAGAGGUGCUUCCUGGGGCAGUACUGCCAUUCAGUGUCUCCACCCUCUGCAUGCAGACACGGAACUUUCCUCAUAGAGAUGCAUUGAUUCAAUUUAUCUCUAUGAGCAGAUGCUGAUUGGCCAGGGCUGUGUUUGAAUUGUGCUGGCUCUGCCCCUGAAUGGCCUCCUUGACAGUCUCAGCCAAUCCUAUGGGGUAGCAUUGUGAUUGGCUCAGACCACCACUUCUGAUGAUGCCAGCAGACAAAGUCAGUUCAGAGGCAGAGCCAGCAGCUACAGACUUGAAUACAAGUAUGAUUUUACUAUAUUUAGGAAGGCAAGAGGGGCUAGAUGGUGGUUUUAACAUAAUAGGGUCAGAAAUACAUAAUUGUGUUCCUGACCCUUUAGUGUUCCUUUAACCCCUUAAGGACACAUGACAUGUGUGACAUGUCAUGAUUCCCUUUUAUUCCAGAAGUUUGGUCCUUAAGGGGUUAAGCAAGAGUAUGUGAAGAGUUGUUAGGGUUACAACCAUUCUUGGGGAAAAAAAUACCAGCCUUAAUCAUUUGUAUAAUUAAUUAGUUAUGCUUGGCAUCACGAUGUAAAUCACAAGUAGUGACAUAAGAGAAAAUUCUGUAAAAUCACCAACAAACUACUCAUAGUUUGAUUCUGCUACAUAGAUGGAUUGCUCCCAGUGUCUCCCUGUCUCCCAGUGUCUCAGUCUCGCAAGUCACCCAGUAUCCCUAUGUAUCACAGUGUCAGUGUCCCCAUGUCUCCCAGUCCCCUAGUCUCCCAGUGUCCCCAUUUCUCCCAGUGUCCCCAUUUCUCCCAGUGUCCCCAUGUCUCAGUGUAUCCCCAUGUCUCAGUGUGUCCCCAUGUCACUAGGAUACUAGGGGACACAGUGAGACAUGGGGACACUGAGACACUUCGGGAUACUGGGAGACAUGGGGGCACUUGUGGAUACAGACAAGGGGACACUAGGAGACAUGGGGACACAGACAUUUGGGGACACUGAAACAUUUGGGGACACUAAGACACUAGGGACGCAGAUAUCGGAACACAGACACUGGGAGACAUGGGGACACUGGUAGACAUGGGGACACUAACUGGGAGACAAACACUUGGAGACACUGGGAGACAUGGGGACACUGGCUGGGAGACAUUGGGACACUGAGACACUAAGGACACUGGCUGGGGGACACUGGGAGACAUGGGGAUACUGUGUGCCUAGUGUCUCCGUGUCCCAAUGUCUGUGUCUCUCAAUGUCCCUAUGUUUCACAGCAUCCCCAUCUCUCACGGUGUCCCCUAGUGUCUCAGUGUCCCCAAGUGUGUCUGUGUCCUCAUGUGUCCCCUAGUCCCUUUACCCCCAUCCCUCACUUACCUGAGCUGUACAGCUGCUGUCUGGAGUCUCUGUGCUGUGUAGCUGCUCCCCCACGGAUCAGUAAAUUGUAGAGAGAGGCAGGGAUUUGCUGUAACUUCCUAUCCCUGCCUCUCUCCACACACAGUGACCCCUACUGGUCGGUGCUGGUAUUGCAGAAUAAUCUCUGUUUUAAAAAAAAAAAACACCUGCAAUUGUAUUGCCGAUAUUACUGCAAUACCGGCACAGCCAGGCAGCCUCAAAUAUCGGCUGUGCCAGUAAAAUACCAGUCAGGUGGCAAACCUAAGAAGAGUGUGUAAAACAAAAAAACAAAAAAAAGUAAUUUUUUUUAAAAUUUAUUUUAAAUGGGCCUAUUCCAUGGGCCUGGGCCUGGAGCUGCAGCUCCAUCAGCCCCUAUGUUAAUCCGGCCCUGCAUUGACAAGACCAUGUCUGGAUCUCUAAGAAGGUAGGAGGUUGAAAAUAAAUCUUGUUAUCCAUAGCAUCUUUAUAUAAACAUCUUCCUUUGUAGCUUUGCUACCCAUUGAGUGCUGCACACUGGCCAGUAUGUGGGAACUUUCUAAAAGUGAGGCAUCCCCUAAAAUAUCGAAAUAUUGGCCUUUUAAAGGCUCAUCAGGAAGACUUGUGAGUGGCUUGCCCAGCAUGAUGCUGGUUUGAACUUGUUAGGAUUUCAUACUUUGUCAACUUACCUGUACUGAAGAAGGGGUCAACUCUAAAAUUUAUCAUCAAGAAACCUCCCAUUCACUCUAAGAAUUGUCCCCUUCACCCCAAAUUAGAAGUGGAAAGGCCUUGCAGUUCUUUGGUAUAAAUGAAAACCUGACAUGAAGGUCUGCGCUGAUGUUAAUCUGUCUCUGGGAGAACGUUUGGGUAUUAAAUGGAAGAGGGAUAGAUUUUUUCAAAACUGUAUAUAUUGUAAUAUCUAAAUAUUUCUCCACGAUAUCUACAAAGUGCAUGUCCUGUUUUAUCAUACGUUGACCUGUAUAAAAGUGGCCAUUUCACUAACUCUAGGCUCGUUGAACCUGUUUAUUAAAUUUGAUGGCGAGGAAGAGCAGCUACUCUGGACUGGCAAAGGUACCCAUGGCAAUCGGUGGCACCACGAGUCUGUCACACUCGCAAAUAUCAACAAGAAGUACCAGGUAAGGCGAUGCAGAGGGGAUAAAUUACCAACUUCUUCUGAAUGGAGCUUGAAAUAAAGUCAACUGAUACAGACUCCUCUGUCUAAGGACCUGUAGGUCUGAAAUGUGUUACGUGUUUGGUGUGACCUUGCUCCGUUUGUUACUUUUUGUUUUGUGCCCAUUAAACCUCCUGUGGAUUUUGGAUGCUUGCACUGGCGUUAUUUCCAUUUUUUGUUUUUGUGAAAAAUACUGAUACCAGACGAGAACAUGAAAACAAAGACAAUUGAAAUCACUCAUCUUCCUCUGUGCUCAUGUACUGUUCCUGACCCAGCAGAGAAGCCGAUUUCCGACCUAGGUUUGUGUCAGACCCUUUGUUUCAUGCAGAUGAAGAACUGUCUUUAACCUGUGAGGACAUUAAAACCAAAUAGAGACUUACUGUUUGUAUACUGCUGGCAUUUUAGGAAUUGCCAUUCCCAGAAAUACCAUACCAUUACAAAAAAUUAAAUUUUUCUGAACCUGAUGGAAACAAUUGUAUCAAAUCAUUCAUGUUGUGCAAUCUAUCAUACUUUAUAUCUCUCCUGCGAAGAACAUAUCAACAGAACAUAGACAAAAAAAAGUAAAAGUAUGUAUUUUCAUUUAAUUUAAGUAUUGGAGAACAGCAAUCUGUACAUAAAUAUUGUAUUUUUCAUGUUGUCUGACUUAUUUAUCGUUCUAAAAUCUUUAUAGAAGUCACUUUUGUAGACACUAUCCCAAACUGUGCUUCUGUCUCUUUUUUCCUUUGGCAGCUGUACCUUGACGCUGUACGGGAUGGCUCAGUGGGACAAAUUUCAGUUGAUGAUAUUACUCUGACAAGUGGGUAUUGCGCUGCCCCCAGGCGCUGCUCCUUUGAGGCUGGAUUCUGUGGUUUCACCACUGAGGGGACAUACCAGUGGAAGAUACAGCAGGGCACCCAAGCCAGAGCCCACACAGGACCAUUUCUCGAUCACACCCUGCAGGCUCUCACAGGUAAUGGGAACCCACUUCGAUCUCCACCGAUGCUCUGAUUGAAAACAUUGAGCAAUGUAACACUCAUUCCUCUUGUAUGACAGAUUGAGUAGACUUUUGACUGAAGGUGGUAUUGAUCAGAGUUCAAAAGGAUGUUGAAUAAUUUGAUAAAUAUCCUUACCAGGCAGCAUCAGAAUGCUUUAAUAUUUGUAUUUUUAUGGUAUCGGAUUUAUUCAUUAAAAAUUUAUUUUUUUAUAUGUUCUAAAUUCUAAAUCUUUGAGGAUGAGAACAGAAGGAUAAAGGUUGACAGACAGGUGAUAAACGAUCACAUCAUAUCAUUUUCGUUAAUUUUACAAUUGUAAGUAACAUAAAUAAUACAUAGUAACGGAGUCCCCAAUGUUAAGGACACUUGCAUCUUAGCUUUCAUUUGAUCUCUCUGAGCUAUCUUUGAUUCAGUUUAUUAAGACUUUUUAUCCAGGACAGUGGACCUGUUUCUCUUUGUUACCGAUAUUCUGAACAUGCAGGUACACCUGUGAUUAAGCAGGGGAUAUCUACACUUUUUGGCUAAAGAAUGUUGAGGGAUGUAUGGUGGGGUGAGCAAAUGCUAAGGACAAAAUUUACUCUACAAAAACAACCAAAUAAAAGCUUUAUAAGCAAGGAAUUAAUAAGAGGCAUGCAAAUUGUUGGAGUUUUCGACUGAUGGGGUUGGGUGGCUGCGACUCAACAUGGCUUUCUUUAAUAGCUUCCUGUUUAUGUUCUCAGGGCAUUAUGCGGUUGUGGAUACCAGCACUGGUGCCUUGCCAAAGAAGAAGACCGCCACGCUCACGUCAGGUUGGCACAGCGCACAGCCCCAGCAGGGGUGUCUGAGUUUCUGGUACCAGAUGAGCAGCGGCGAUGCAGGUAAGUGAUACUAAUAAGGUUAGGGCAGCAUCUACUUACCCCUGUGGCAUUACUGGUAAAAUGUGAAAUGUGAAUACAGAAACGCUGCACAUAAAUAAUACAAUAUUGGCAAAUUACUAAAUCUCAAUGUGGCUUCCGUUAUUUCAUACUAAAAUGGUUAUAAUAACUCCGCCAUAAAAGCAUACAGGAUAUAGUUUUUCAAUUGUAGGGUAACCAGCUUCUUGAUCCAAGGAUAAAUCUGACUGCCAUUCUGGGGUAAAGAAGAAAUCAUUUUCCUAGUUUGUUGAAAAUUGGAAGUGCUUCAAACUGUUUUUUUUGCCUUCUUUUGGAUCAACCACAAAAACGGCAAAAAUCAGGUGUGAGGAAGAUUGAACUUGAUGGACACGUGUCUCUUUUCAGCCUAUCUAACUGUGUAACUAUACUGAAUUAAAUAAACAAAUAAAACUCCACACAGAAAUAAAUGAAAUUAGCAAAACAAGACACAAUAUCAUUCAUUGAGCGGGUUGCCUUUGUGGGUUGUUCUACUAGAUCGAUUAUAUUGGAUUAAGGAACAUAUGGACUGCUUCAUUGGAUUACUGGGGGGUAUAGCCUCUUUGAGCUUUGUGGCCAUUUCAUAUCCUAGUUUGAGAAUAAUAUGUCCAUUGCGGAUGCAUUUUUAUAUUUUGGAUCAGAUCUCAAACACAUAUAGAAUAGCUCAGUGAUAACACUGUGCUAAAAUAUUGUUAGACUCAUAGGCGUGCGCAGCCUAUUGUAUAAGGGUGUGCACCCUAAAGCAGAAACACACACGCCGCGUAUAUAUAUAUAUAUUAUAUAUAUAUUUGUGUAAGGGGCAAAAUAGCCGUAUAUGGAGUAAGGAUCCAGCAUAAGCUUAGGAUAGUGUAAAGGGAGCAAGUCGGUUGUGGUGUGCCGAUACCGACGAUACGGUAGGCCUGUAAAUAAAGAGGGCCCACCAAGGAGUAAGAAAGUAAAGUAAAUGGAAAGAAAAGAGAAAGUGUUGAAAUGAGGAGUGGGUGGGAGGGUCAUUCUGAUGCUGACCUCAAGCGAUAUGAGUCAGGUAAGGGGUGUCCCUUAUAUAGGGGAGUGAAUUAAUUUAAGCCCCUCCCACAAAUACAGGCAAAACUGCCUUAAUACUUGUGUAAGGGGCAAAAUAGCCAUAUAUGGAGUAAGGAUCCAGCAUAAGCUUAGAAUAGUGUAAAGGGAGCAAGUCGGUUGUGGUGUGCCGAUACCGACGAUACGGUAGGCCUGUAAAUAAAGAGGGCAAAAAUGAAUAAUCAAAGAUUUAAUACAGUCAACAAAUAUAUACAAAUUAACCAGACAUUUCCUUAAAUGCAUUACAGUAUUUAAUUCCUGAAAGGAUUUUGAAGGUAGGAAUCUAGGACCGAAAGUGGGCACCAUUUGUUGUGGGUAGGAUAGUAUGUUAUCUCUACUGUUGGUGCAUGUUGACUCAUUUCGGAAUGUGGUAGAGCCAAUAGGUAAUGAUAUAUGUGUUUACGUACGUGGGAUCGUUGAAGACAAUGAUCUGUCUGAGUGGUGGUGAUGGUAGUGGAUUCUCUGGCCUGAGAAAGGCAGAAAAGGCAAUGUGCAUGGCUGGUAAUGGCCGACUUGGUAGUAUAAUUGAAUGGUUGUAGAUCUAAUAGGUCCGAUAAGGAUGAACAGUUGGAUGGCUAUUUGGUAAUCUCUGAGAGGAACGUGGGGGAAUGGAUUCCCGAAAACCUCUGAGUAUAUUCUUUUCUGGUAUGAUAGCAUGAAGUUUAUGGUAGUUUUGGCCAUAGGUUAUCAUGUGUUGUUGAAUGCCUGUAAAAUAUAUAAUUAAUGGUGUAUGAGAGAGUUUAAGGUGGCAAAAAUAAGCAAAACUGUGGCGAAACCAACCUCGCCACUGUGAACUGGAGAAGCCUGGUUGCUCGCCUGCUCCCUUUGGACUAUGGCCCUGCAGGUUAAACCGUUUAUUUCCCCUGCAGAAAGGCUUAUUUGUGUGAUCUGAGUGCCAUUCAUCUAAUAAUGUGCACUCAGAUCCCAGCUAUCUGGGGAUAUGUGAAAUGUCUGUGUGUUAUGUGUAAAUGUGACUUUAUGUAUUUUAAAGUGUUUUGUGUCUUUUUGCAACCAUGUGCUUAAUGGAGUCUUGUGUCUGUCCUGGGAGAUAAUUGAAUUACUUAUCUCCAGGAUAGAAGACUCUGAAACUGGUUUGGGCCAGAAAGCCAUGCUUCAUUUAGUCACAAAGGACUUUUUACUAACUUUUGAACCCCUUGUCUGAUUUGUGCCAUUUUUUAAUAUGUUGUUCCCCUGAAUGGAUUGAUUGUGAAUAUGUAAUUUUAUGUGAAUGUGAUGUAUGGUUUUAGAGUUAUGAAAGUUGGGUAGAAAGUAUGUUUUAACUGUAUGUGUAAUUGAGUUUCCUCUCAGGAUAAGGGGAGGGAAUAUGUGGGAUGUAACUGUGAUGUGAUUGGUUGUUUUAUACCUCCCUGUGGGCGGUCCUGUAUUUGCAAGACUGUAAUAAAAACCAGGCUGGGUGUGCCAGCACCUGAGUUCCUGCUUAACCCUCAAAGUGAAGUGUCGUCUCAUUAUUGGGGGAAGGAUUUAUUGUAUGCUGUUCCAGUUUGACUGCUAGGAGAGUAAACCUAUUCGUAUGGUUCCUAUUCAACUGUCUACAGCAUUCAUAUGCUUGAGAGAUUAUAUGCUUCUCUGGUUCGGUGUUGUGGUGUCUGCUGCAGUGCUUGGAGUCCUCAGGAAGCGCUAGGAGCAUCCUUCAACGGAGGUACCCAGUCGGGGUGCCAGGCGAUCCGUUACAUUGGUGGCAAGCGGUGGGAUGGCGUCCUAGUGCGAGGUAAAGCAGCUCAGAGACACCGUUCGUGGAGUUACAAAUUGAGGGCAACGCUAGCACACGUGCAGCGACCCUGGGAGCAGAGGUAUCCAGCGACUUGGAGCAGACAAGUAUGGAAGGCUCUGGCGAUGAUUGGAUGGCCGAGGUGAGGCAGCGAGUGGCCCAGUAUGGGGAUGAUUUACCCAUGGAGGUACGCCGGGUGAUCUGGAACCAGGUCACGGCCGAGCGAAACACAAGGCUGGCCCGAGAAUUCCGGCUGGCGAAAGAGAGAGAGUAUGCUCAGCGGAAGGAGUGUUACAGCAGCCGAGUAGAGGCUGCAUCCGAGGAGGCUAGCCGUCUCCCCCUGAGGCGGCCGCAGGAACCCGAAGUAGGGGUCCUCAUAGACUGGUCCUGUGAGGAACCACAACAGGCAGGUGGAGAUGGGACCGGCCCAGAUCCCCAGCAGCAGCCGGAGUUGCCAGGUGCGGAAGCAGGUGGUCCUUACUCGCAAAUGUUGAGGGACCUCACAGACUGGUCCUGGGAAGACCCACAGAUGGCAGGUGGAGAUGGGACGGCGGUCUCUCAACCGGCCCUACAGGGAUGCUGGGCGGUCGGCCCAGAUCUCCAGCGGCAGUAUGUACCCCAGGGAGCUGAAGGUGCAGUCCUUCCUCCCCAGCAGCAGUGUGCACCCCAGGGAGCUGAAGGUGCAGUCCUUCCUCCCCAGCGGCAGUGUGUACCCCAGGGAGCUGAAGGUGCAAUCCUUCCUCCCCAGCGGCAGAGUGUCCUGCAGGGAGCAGAGACCGUCAGUCUCGCACCCCAACCACAGGACAAAAUAAUGAAAGGGGAGACAGCUGGUCCCCCUCUCCACCAGCAGAGAGAGUGUCAGGGAGAGGAGCCUGAUACCCCCUCUCCCCAGCGGCAGUUUACAGUUCAGAGAGAGGAGCUUGUUACACCCUCUCUCCAGCGGCAGCCUAACCCAGCAAGGGGAGAUGUUACACCCCCCAACAGUGCAGAUGGAACUGUAGUCUCUGCACUUACAGCACAAGGGGUAGGGACAGUCGGUCCUGUUCCCCAGCCACAGAGCGGUGUAUCCAGAGGGGAGACAGUCGGUCUCUCCCUCCCACAACCAGGCUCCCACCAGGCUACUUCCGUGGUAGCACUGGCAUCAGGGCAGAGUACCGCUGGUCUCUGCCCACUCAGCAACCCACCAAGGCAGCCUAACAGUUGCCCACACAGUCGUGGUGAGGCACCUGGACAUGGACAAAGUUCUCCUCUACCCAGGUGUAGUAACCAGUUAUUGUGGGUGGGCUGUACUGCUGUUUCUGUUUUGUGGGUGGGUUGCUGGACUAACCAGGGCACUGACCGGCAGGAGGUCAGAUACCCUGUUAGUCUAGUUGGUAAAGGGGAGAAGUGUGGCGAAACCAACCUCGCCACUGUGAACUGGAGAAGCCUGGUUGCUCGCCUGCUCCCUUUGGACUAUGGCCCUGCAGGUUAAACCGUUUAUUUCCCCUGCAGAAAGGCUUAUUUGUGUGAUCUGAGUGCCAUUCAUCUAAUAAUGUGCACUCAGAUCCCAGCUAUCUGGGGAUAUGUGAAAUGUCUGUGUGUUAUGUGUAAAUGUGACUUUAUGUAUUUUAAAGUGUUUUGUGUCUUUUUGCAACCAUGUGCUUAAUGGAGUCUUGUGUCUGUCCUGGGAGAUAAUUGAAUUACUUAUCUCCAGGAUAGAAGACUCUGAAACUGGUUUGGGCCAGAAAGCCAUGCUUCAUUUAGUCACAAAGGACUUUUUACUAACUUUUGAACCCCUUGUCUGAUUUGUGCCAUUUUUUAAUAUGUUGUUCCCCUGAAUGGAUUGAUUGUGAAUAUGUAAUUUUAUGUGAAUGUGAUGUAUGGUUUUAGAGUUAUGAAAGUUGGGUAGAAAGUAUGUUUUAACUGUAUGUAUAAUUGAGUUUCCUCUCAGGAUAAGGGGAGGGAAUAUGUGGGAUGUAACUGUGAUGUGAUUGGUUGUUUUAUACCUCCCUGUGGGCGGUCCUGUAUUUGCAAGACUGUAAUAAAAACCAGGCUGGGUGUGCCAGCACCUGAGUUCCUGCUUAACCCUCAAAGUGAAGUGUCGUCUCAUUAUUGGGGGAAGGAUUUAUUGUAUGCUGUUCCAGUUUGACUGCUAGGAGAGUAAACCUAUUCGUAUGGUUCCUAUUCAACUGUCUACAGCAUUCAUAUGCUUGAGAGGAUUCAUAUGCUUCUCCGGUUCGGUGGUUGUGGUGUCUGCUGCAGUGCUUGGAGUCCUCAGGAAGUGCUAGGAGCAUCCUUCAACGGAGGUACCCAGUCGGGGUGCCAGGCGAUCCGUUACAAAAACUUAGGAGAAAUUUUGUGACACAGGUUGAGUUAUGUCGUGUUCCAAUGAGAUUCUUUAAGCCAGGUGAAAAGCUGUGUUAUGCGUUCUACAAGUAUGGGACGAAAGUGCUAGGUGGGAUAGUGCAUGCUAUGCUGCAUGAGUAUGUCUAAUCCAUGAUUUUGUUUCUGGAACGAAAGAGUGGACGUGACUGUAUGGGCGGCUGUAGGAAGCGUAUGAUGAACAUGCCUGGAAUAUAAAUGACACAGUUGUCGGCAGGGAUGUAUACCCCCGUCUGGUACAUGAAAGUGAAAUGUGAUAAGUGGCCAACCAAGUGAGUUCCCCAGAAACAUCAUGAACUUAUGGAUGAGUAGUGGCGUUUGUUGAUGAUAUGAUAUGUGCUUAGUUGUCUGAGUAACAACGGAUUGAUGACCCUGACCAUGAUUUACCCCAUGCCACAGCAGCUGCUACAAUGGGGUAGAUCUCCCAAAGGGGCUGAAGUGGUGGAAAAAUUUCCAAACCUGGAUGCCAUGGCCAACAGCCCCAAAGCAAUUGUUCCCGGUAGAUCGCUGCCAAACCCGUGGUAUAUGCUGCGUCUGACCAUCUGGUUGGAGAAGUGUCAGACAAUCCUGGAAGGAACAUGCUUUUACCAUGCCAAGUGGUUAAGAAAUCCCCCCCCAUGUGCAGGUCUGCUGUUGCUGAGGUGUCUAGGCACCUCCUCUGAUCGUCAUGUUGGAAGUGUGGAAAAAAGGGGAAAGUACUCUGGAUGUGAAAGCGUGGUCUUGUGGUAUGAUUGGCAUGGCAAAAUUAAGGAACCUGGUAGGGAUUGUAGUUCCUUGUAGUUGUAAGUACUAAGCAGGAGGUAGUGAUUGAUUUAGUUGAGAAUGUUCCCUAUUUGUCUUGUGGUAACUUGCGUGUAUGGAUGCCGACUCAAGUCAUAUGCCCAGUAAUGUGAUGAUAGUGUCUGCGCCUUCUGUUUCUUAUGGGGUACUGGGACGCCCAAGUGGUCAACCAGACUAAGCUGCCAUGAGGCUUCUAGUGAAAAAUAUGCUUUCUUUGAGCAACAAGAAGUCUUCUAGAUAGUGUAUGACUGUAAUGCCUCUGGAUAUGUUAUUAUAACCAGCACAGAGUAUCUGCGAAUAUCGAUAGUAGGUUAAUCUGUAGCUCGAAAGUUGAGCAGGGAAAGGAUUGCCCAAUUUAUGCCAUGUAAGUGCCAGUGUGUAGGGUAGAUGGUAGCUGUUUACUGCGUUGAUGAUAUUGGUCUUACUUAACCAAGCUUUAACCCAUGCUUGAGUGAUAGCUGUAAAGGUAGAUCAAUGGUGUUGUAUAGUAAGAAGGGAGUUGAGACUUGGGGUAGCGGAGGUGUGUGGUGCCAAUAAGUCUAUGGUUAGUCUUUGUUUAAGGGAAGAUUCCUUGUGACAAUACCAAUGUGUGUGUUUGGUGCCAUGCUGUAAAUGGUGGAGAUUGGAAGACCACUCUGCAAAUCUUGGCUAUGAGUGUGUUUUCAGCCAAUGGUUUUGUUGUGCUGACUGUAAGUGAGGGCAUGCUAUAUUCCUUGAAGGUGUGUUUAUGAUACCUGUAUGGGAGCCCUUUGAAGCUCCAGAGCUUUAGUAAAUCUACUACAAGUCUGGAAGGGUGAUGAGUCAGUAGUGUUGAAAAUGCAUUGGUGUGUACAGAUGGUGAGUACGUUAUUUGUAAGUUGUAUUGGGCCACAUGGUUUGUCAUGUGCCCUGAACCAUUUGAACAUAUAUGCAACAGUCUAUAUGCAAUGCAACUACUCAUAUCAAUCGUCUCUGGUAGUUCAGAGGUGCUGGUACCUGGAGCCUGAGAGUGCUCGUCCAUUUGUUUGGGACAGAACCCCUUCUGUAUGGGUACCUGCACAAAUAAACAUCUCUACAUAUUCCAAAUACCAACCCAUCCAAGAGAUGGUCAGUUCCCGAUUUACCUGGAAUCCCUGAAUCUGACCAUCACAGAUACAUCAUCAUACAUAUAUAUGCCUUGCUUCCCCAAUGUGCUGGGAUCAUACGUGCAGGGUUAACAUCUUGUGUGUCAUAAGAAUUGAUUGUACCAGGUAACCGAGUUUCGGUUGGUGCUGGUUGUACAGUAACGUGAGGCCCAGCCUUGUGAGGGCUGUGGUGACCAACUCGAGAUUGCCAGUCUGUCAUAAAAUUUUUUGGCUCAUGAGUUUAUGAGUGAGGCUAGCAUAGCCUGGGUGUCACCUGAGUUGAUGUAGCUGGGCCUUCCCCUGCCUCCGUGUUGUCCGUUGAUGUAUGGAGGAGUUUGAAUAACUCUGCUUUCCUUGCUGUAGCAGGGUAGGGGAUUUGUCACCUCCUUAGGUCGGUGGUAAUGUGUGGGAUCGUCCAGGAUCUGAUUGCUGCAGGACUAGCAACAUCUCCUCUGCUUGAAGGUGUAUCAAUUCUAUCCGGGGUGCUAUGAAGAGGUGAUUUUUCACCAUCUUUUGGAAAAAUACUUAAAUAACAAUAAAGAUGCAAUUAUUUGUACCCAGGGUUCUUGUACUGGCUUGCUAGCUAAGCCGUAAGGCGAAACGAUUAGGCUUGGUGUUUUUUGGUGACUGGUGAGGCCCUGCUAGUUGCCAAGUGGCUUGAGAGGCUCUAUCUAUGCUUGGCGCGAGGGGAUUUUGUGUGGCCACCGAACAUUGUGGCAGGAUGUUGGCCUCUCGGUGACAGUAACCAGAAAAUAGGAAGGGGAGUGACAGGUGAGGCCCUCUCUAUGAUACAAUGCGAGGCGGCUAGCUCACGAGUGGCCCGAGGGGUGUAUGCCUCCGAGUGUGAGGCGGGGUGUUGGCCUCGCGGGACCACUAACCGAAGCAUAAUGCAGAGAAAAAAGGGGGUAAUACCUAUUGGGCCCUAGAACCCUAAUUGCCAGUACACUAUUACUAUUCCAGGGAAGGUAAGAGAUGGAUAACUACGUGAGCAGGUGUAUGUACCUGGUAGUAUGGUAUUGAACCUGACAAUCCGUAUAGGUUUUUUAGUAGUAACUGUAACCUGAAUGGAUAAAACCGUAUGGCAUAAGGAAAUAUGGCAUAGACCAAGCUUAUCUUAAUACGUACAGUAUAUGUGAAAAGUAAAGUGCCAUGAUGUGUAAAUAUUAAACAUCGUAGCCAUACUGGUUAAAUAUGUAUCAAUCUUAACCCAUUAAGUGCCGUAUGUACAAGUGAAAAUGUGGUCUGUCCCCACCUUGUAUGUUGUAUGUCCCCUUGCUAGGGGAAAGUCUGUUGCGUGAGCAGCGUGCUGUGAAAAAUGUAUGUGAACUAUAUUACCAGUUACGUAUAUACAGACGCGUCUGCUACUGUGUAAUAAUAUAUGUAUUUAUACCUGAUGUUGAUAUAGUGCUUGCUAUGUGAAUUGUUGUAUGUCUUAUUGAAUGGUAGGGGUCAGUGAACAUGGUGUUGCAAAAUGCAAGUGCACUGGAGAUCUGCCGAGUGCCCUAUAGGUGGCAGUGUAGUUGGAUACUGAUUGGUAUGUGAAAUGUUGUUUGUCUGUUGACCUAUAGGUGUCAGUGUUUUGGUGUUUGUAAAACCCCAUGAAAAUUGUCAAUGUACUUGACAGACCUGUAGGUGGCAGUGUUGAUAGAACCACUGUUGGUCUUGAUGUGAAAUGUAAAUUAUUGUGAAUUAAACCUGAAUUUGAGCCCUUUCUGGAGUUUCAUUUAUGGUUUAUGGUUAUGUUUAACCCCGUAAGGACAAAACUUCUGGAAUAAAAGGGAAUCAUGACACGUCACACAUGUCUUGUGUCCUUAAGGGGUUAAAACAAUCUUAUGUGUAAUUUAUAUUGGCUGGUAAAUUGUAUAUGACAUGUGAAGACAGUUUUGCUGUUGACCAGUAGGGGUCAUAAAUGCUGAUUGUAUGGUAAAAAUACCCUUUAACCCCUUAAGGACCAAACUUCUGGAAUAAAAGGGAAUCAUGACAUGUCACACAUGUCAUGUGUCCCUAAGGGGUUAAUCCUACCGUAUGACAGAUAGGAGUCAGUAUAAAAGCGAAAAUGCUGUAGUUAGUUUGUUUGCUUAUGAAGUGAAAUAAAGUCUGAGAAGACUGUAGUAUACCGAUUGACCGGUAGGGGUCAGCAUGUAGGCGAAAAUGCCGUGGUUCGUUGGUUUGUACAUGAAAUGCAAUAAUGUCUGAGAAGCCUGUAGUACACUGAAUGACCGGUAGGUGUAAGUGUGUAGGUGAAAAAUGCAGUGGUUUAUUGUUUUGUACAUGAAAAGCAAUAAUGCCUAAGAAGCCUGUAGUACACCGAAUGACUGAUAGGAGUCAGUGUGUAGGUGAAAAAUUAAGUGGUUUGUUGGUUUGUACCUGAAAUGCAAUAAUGUCGGAGAAGCCUGUAGUACACAGAAUGACCGGUAGGGGUCAGUGUGUAGGCGCAAAUGCAGUGGUUCGUUGAUUUGUACAUGAAAUGCGAUGUCUAAGAAGCCUUUAGUCCACCGAAAGACCAGUAGGGGUCAGUGUGUAGGUGUAAAUGCAGUGGUUUAUUGGUUUGUACAUGAAAAUGCAAACAACGCAUAAGAAGCCUGUAGUACACCGAAUGACCAAUAGGGGUAAGUGUGUAGGUGAAAAAUGCGGUGGUUCGUUGGUUUGUACAUGAAAUGCAAUAAUGUCUGAGAAGCCUGUAGUACAACGAAUGACCGGUAGGGGUCAGUGUGUAGGCAAAGAUGCAGUGGUUCGUUGGUUUGUACAUGAAAUGCGAUAAUGUCUAAGAAGUCUGUAGUACACCCAAAGACCAGUAGGGGGUUUAAACGAAUGAUAUGCAUGAACAUGCAAUGGUUUUAGAACAGACAAAAUGCAGCAGUAAAGUGAGGACCUGACCCUUGCAUGGUGCCGUGGGACUGAUGCCUGGCGUAAUGGGUAGGUCAACUUACGGUUUGUGAGUCACUUGGACACCAUCCACAGCGAUAGAUUGAAGAAAGAAGGUGGUAGGCCGGAAAAAAGCCUGUGGCUGGAUUCCUGACACAGCUCAGCUUAGAAAACCUCAUGGAGUAAUCAGGUAAAAUGGCGUCUGGAUGACCCGCAAGUGGAAAUCAUUCUGUUGCUGACCUCAAGCGAUAUGAGUCAGGUAAGGGGUGUCCCUUAUAUAGGGGAGUGAAUUAAUUUAAGCCCCUCCCACAAAUACAGGCAAAACUGCCUUAAUACAUAUAUAUAUAUAUAUAUAUACAUAUACUCAUACAUACACUGCUGUGUGUGUGUGUGUGUAGGUGCUGUGUGUGUGAAGGCGCUGUGUGUGAAAGGGUGCUGUUAGUGUGUGCUGUGUGUGUGUGUAUGUGUAAGGGUGCUCCUGCCUUCCCUGGUGGUCCAGUGGAGAGUGAACUCUAGCCCCCACUGGGGCUAGAGUUCACUCUCGCGAGAUCUGAGCGUUGCUGCGGUAACCGCGCAAGAGGAACCUGGCGGAGCUGCUGGCAAGAGCAUGUGCCGCGGGGAUUAGGGUGUGCCUAGGCACACCCGGCACACCCCCUGCGCACGACUAUGGUUAUGUGUGUGUAAGGGUGAUGUAUGUGUGUAACGUGUAGGGGCCGUUUCGUUAAUAUCCCCCCUCCCUUCUUCCCUUAUAUAGGGAGGGGGGACUGUGCUCCUGCCUUCCCUGGUGGUCCAGUGGAGAGUGAACUCUAGCCCCCACUGGGGCUAGAGUUCACUCUCGCGAGAUCUCAGCAUUGCUGCGGUAACCGCGCGAGAGGAACCCGGCGGAGCUGCUGGCAAGAGCAUGUGCCGCGGGGAUUAGGGUGUGCCUAGGCACACCCGGCACACCCCCUGCGCACGACUAUGGUUAGACUUAAAAUAAAAGUUUCAUUCCCAGCAAGAUCGAGUCAUCUGUUCAACCUUUCAAGGUCAAUAACUGAGUUCCAAUAAGCUGGUUAAUUAUAACCUCGAGUCUAGACCAUGGGAUGUACUUGUAAACUACUGAAAUGCUAAACCCACCUUUAGUGGUUAAAUCAUUUCAUAUUAAUAUUUCUAUAAAAAAUUAAUUGCCAAAAUGAUUCAAAUUAGAUAUUUUAAAUUCUCAUUACUGGAACACAGGAUUCUGUAUUUUAGGGUCCUGCGUCAUCACUAAUGAUUGGUUUGUAAAUUCUAAAGCUCUGGGAAUAUUUAAUUCACAAAUCACGCAGCUGUAAAUUCAUAAAAUGUAGCUGAUUUCUAAUUUAUACUACGGAUAUUGACUGAUUUCCUGUGUGACAGUACAAAUUAAGUGUAGCGGAGCUCCAAUAUUCAGCAUCAAUAUCUCCGCUGUAGACUCCUUGUAGCCGAGGAAGCAAUACAAUAUCCAAGGCACAAUCCCCCCAGUAACUGGACGACACACAGUUCUGGGAGUCAACUGCUUUUUAUUCAGCCACAGUUGGCUUUUAUGCAACUCCCCAUGCAAGGGGUUUCUUAAAUUACAUUCCAGGGAUUUCCCCCUGGUGGACCUGAGUGGGAACAAGGGACAAAUCAAAAGUUCACAGACUCCUCCUCUGUGCCUGGGAGAUAAUUGAGUAAGAACAACUAUUUAAUUACAUUACCUCCCAGGUACAGAAAGUAUACAAUAUUGUAAAACCACAUAAACAUAUUUGAAUAUCUCAUGACUCCACGAAACUUCACCGAAUAGAAAGGAUCUGAGCGCCUACUUUGUUAAAAUAUCACUUAGAUCUGGUAGAUUAGGAACGCCAUUCGAGUGAAGUUUAGACCGGUCGACCAUGAGGUGAUGCCCCAAAAUAGUUCCAGAGGAUUUUAAGCUUUAACCGGUCUUCUUUCGGGAGUUCUCGCACGAAUGCUGACGAAAGCUCCCCCUGGCCGCCAGCAUACGAACAUUCCCCUUGUUCGGUAGUUUAGGUCUCCCGAACAUCAUUCUCCUACUGGUUCGGGAAGUUGAAUGGGCAGCAGUAAUAGUUUACCGGGUGUUCGUGGGGUCCAGUAGCCAAAAUUAGUUCCAGGCCGUCAACGACCAUAUACCGCUGCCCACGUUCAAGAGACAAGAUGGGCGCUGUUUAUUUGCACACGUGCGUUCAGUAAUACAAACGGCGGUCACACAGGGGAAACCCUUUCUUUAGUGAGCAAUUUGAGGUUAACAGCCAGGGGUGGUCGGUUGUUAAAAAAACUGAACUCAGGGACCACACAGAUGGGAGUUCGGUAAACGAACAAGGGGUACGAGCAUCCGAACAAAGGCCAGGGAAAAGGGCCAUUCUGCUACAUUAAGCAAUUAGCCUAGAGUAGGUUUAAAAUGUUUGCGAUCUGAGGCUGUGGGACGGUUGCUGCUUUCCCUUUUACUCAACUUUCUUUGAGCUGCUCAUAUUUAUUAAUAUGGGAAUCGUGGCUGAUGGAGAAGUCUUUGUUCACAGGAACUCUGAAUGUAGAUCUGGUGGAGAAUACGGGCAAGAAACAAGUGAAGACUCGCCUGCUUAGCGUGAGUGAGACGCACAGUGGCGAUUGGCACUACAAAAGUGUGGGACUCCAGUCUGACCAAGAGUGGAUGGUAAGAAGAGUUUUAUCUCACUGGAGGUGAUAGUGUGAUGGGCUGGGAUACAGGGGAAAAUGAAAUAAAUGGAAAAAGUUCAGAAGAGACAAAUAAACAGAUACAAUAGGAGAGAACCAGUCUAGCAACUCUUCAGAUUAGAGGAACUCCUUGUAUUUCUGUACGUCUGAGAUCAUUGUAUCUCUGAUCUCUCUGUAGGUUAUGGGAUAUCCUUGUAUCUCUGGUCUCUCUGUAGGUCAUAGGAUCUCACUGGACCUCUGAUCUCUCUGUAGGUCUGAGAUCAUUGUAUCUCUGGUCUAUCUGUAGGUUAUCGGAUCUAAUUGUAAGUGAUCUCUCUGUAGGUUAUGGGAUCUCAUUGUAUCUCUGAUCUCUCUGUAUGUUAUAUGAUCUCAUUGUAUCUCUAAUCUUUCUGUAGGUUAUGGGAUCUCAUUGUGUCUCUGAUCUCUCUGUAGAUAAAACUUGAAGCUGUUGGAGCAGGAGGUGACCAAUGCUUUAUUGCUGUGGAUGACAUUCACAUCAGUCGUCAUCACUGUCACGAGCCAGGUACCAGUGCAGCUAAUCAUGUUUGUGUUCCUGUGUACUGUAUUCUGGUUAUAUUCUGGAAGGACAGCAGUAUAUUCUGACCAAAACCUGACAGACCUUAUAAACACUGUUAUCUUUCUUUGCUGUUUCCCAGCCUCGUGUAGCUUCGAGUCAGGUUCUUGUGCGUGGACGAAUACCCAUAUUCCUUUGAUGGAUACAUAUGAUUGGGAUUGGACAAGCGGGGCUGCCCUAUCCACAAGGGACUCGAUACCUGAAAAAGACCACACUCUGGGUACCACGGAAGGUAAAAUACCUGUCAUGUCAGACUUGCAAGAACAUCACUGCAUAAAUAAUUACUACUCCGAUCAAAAACCCUAGAAUUUCACAUAUACUACAUAAUACUGUGUUAAAAUGGAAAAUUCCUUAGGAUUUCCAUGAUGGAUUUUACUCUGUUAGCGGUUAUAAAAUCUCACUAUUCAGACCCCACACAUUUUAGUUUGUCCUUUUACAUCCUAUGAACUAAUGGUGCUAUCAUAUCUCACAGCCUUCCCAUACAUGGAAACAUUUGAGGUUAUUCACUAAAUGUCAACUUCAUGGGAAUUCUGCAUUAACAGGAGUAUUGCAAAUAUUUGGCCAAAAAGCUCAGCUGGAAAAAUAGGUAUAUUUUGACUUUGAAAGUUUAAUUGUGAAGCCACAAUUUACAGGAAGGCUUCUCCUAUCACACAGAGGUCAUUUCCCACAGACCCUCACUUCCUCUUCCCAGUAAAUGCUGUGGAAGCGCUUACUGGGGUGAGUAGCUCAGGAAAGGUAAGUAAAAAACAUACAGGUGAUACUCGAAAAAUUAGAAUAUCAUGCAAAAGUUAAUUUAUUUCAGUAAUGCAAUGUAAAAGGGGAAACUGAUAUAUUAGAUAGACGCAUUACAUGCAAAGCAAGAUAGUUCAAGCCGUGAUUUGUCAUAAGUGCGAUGAUUAUGGCUUACAGCUCAUGAAAACCCCAAAACCACAAUCUCAGUAAAUUAGAAUAUUGUGAAAAGGUGCAAUAUUCUAGGCUCACAGUGUCCCACUCUAAUCAGCUCAGUAAGCCAUAACACCUGCAAAGGGUUUCUGCACUUUUAAAUUGUCUCUCAGUCUGGUUCAGUAGGAAUCACAAUCAUGGGGAAGACUGCUGACCUGACAGUUGUGCAGAAAACCAUCACUGACACCCUCCAUAAGGAGGGAAAGCCUCAAAGGUAAUUGUGAAGGAAGUUGGAUGUUCUCAAAGUGCUGUAUCAAAUUAUUAGAAAAUUAUGUGGAAGGGAAAAUUGUGGAAGAAAAAGGUGCACAAGCAGCAGGGAUGACCGCAGCCUGGAGAGGAUUGUCAGGAAAAGGCCAUUCAAAUGGGUUGUAAACUUUCACAAGGAGUGGACUGAGGCUGGAGUCAGUGCAUCAAGAGCCACCACACACAGACGGAUCCUGGACAUGGGCUUCAGAUGUCGUAUUCCUCUUGUCAAGCCGCUCCUGAACAACAAACAACGUCAGUAGCGUCUUACCUGGGCUAAAGGACCUGGUCUGUUACUCAGUGGUCCAAAGACCUCUUUUCUGAUGAGAGCAACUUUUGCAUCUCAUUUGGAAACCAAGGACCCAGAGUCCGUAGAAAGAAUGGAGAGGCACACACUGCAAGAUACUUUAAGUCCAGUGUGAAGUUUCCACAGUCUGUGUUGAUUUGGGGAGCCAAGUCAUCUGCUAGUGUUGGUCCACUGUGCUUCAUUAAAGGACCACUAUAGUGCCAGGAAAACAAACUCGUUUUCCUGGCACUAUAGUGCCCUGAGGGUGCCCCCACCUUCAGGGUCCCACUCCCAUGUCACUGAAGGGGGAGGAAGGGGUUAAUCCCUUACCUUUUUUCCGGCGCUGGGGACUCUCGUCCCUCUUCCGUCAUCGGCUGAAUGUGUGGCAAGAGCCGUGCGCGCAUUCAGCCAGUCUCAUAGGAAAGCAUUCUCAAUGCUUUCCUAUGGACGCUGGUGUCUUCUCACUGUGAAAAUCACAGUAAGAAUCGCGGAAGCGCCUCUAGUGGCUGUCAAUGAGACAGCCACUAGAGGCUGGGUUAACCCAUAGGUAAACAUAGCAGUUUCUCUGAAACUGCUAUGUUUACAGCAGAAAGGGUUAAUCCUAGAUGGACCAGGCAUCCAGACCAAUUCAUUAAGCUGAAGUGGUCUGGGUGCCGAUAGUGGUGCUUUAAAGGACCACUCCAAUGGCGCCCAUUGGAGUGGUCUGGGUGCCAACUCCCACUACUCUUAACCCUGCAACUGUAAUUAUUGCAGUUUUUUAUAAACUGCAAUAAUUACAUUGCAGGGUUAACUCCACCUCUAGUGGCUGUCUACUAGACAGCCACUAGAGGGCACUUCAUGCUUCAUAGCAAAGAUUUCCUUUGCUAGAGCGUCGCUGGAUGUCCUCACGCUGUGUGAGGACCUCCAGAGUUGCUCAAUUCCCCAUAGGAAAACAUUAAAAAUAAUUUUCAAUGCUUUCCUAUGGGGAGACCUAAUGCGCAUUAGGUUUCCUCAGACGUAAUUACUGGGAGGAGCGACUCCGACCCAAAACAACCACCGAGGGACAUCGGCAGGGGUCUCAGGUAAGUCACUGAAGGGGUUUUCAACCCUUCAGCUACCUGGGAUGGGAGGGAGAGGGUACGUGCAGUGCCAGGAAAGGAGUUUCCCUUUAAGUCCACGGUCAACGCAGCCGUCUACCAGGAGAUUUUGGAGCACUUCAUGCUUCCUUCCGCAGAUGAGCUUUAUGGGGAUGCGGACUUCAUUUUCCAGCAGGACUUGGCACCUGCCCACACUGCCAAAAGCACCAAAGCCUGGUUCAAUGACCAUGAGAUUACUAUGCUUGAUUGGCCAGCAAACUCGUCUGACCUGAACCCAAUAGAGAAUCUAUGAAGCAUUUCCAAGAAAAAGAUGAGAGACAUGAGACGAAUAAUGCAGAAGAGCUGAAGGCCGCUAUUGAAGCAGCCUGGUCUUCAAUAACACCUCAGCAGUGCCACAGGCUGAUAGCUUCCAUGCCACGCCGCAUUGAGGCAGUAAUUGCUGCAAAAGGGGCCCAAACCAAGUACUGAGCAUGCUUAUACUUUUCAGAGGUCCGAUAUUGUUCUAUGUACACUGCUUGUUUUAUUGAUUGCAUGUAAUAUUCUAAUUUACUGAGUUUGUGGAUUUGGGGUUUUCAUGAGCUGUAAGCCAUAAUCAUCGCACUUAUGAAAAAUCACGGCUUGAACUAUCUUGCUUUGCAUGUAAUGCGUCUAUCUCAUAUAUUAGUUUCCCCUUUUACGUUGCAUUACUGAAAUAAAUGAACUUUUGCACGAUAUUCAAAUUUUUUCGAGUAUCACCUGUACUUGCUUUCAUGUCCAUGGGGAUGUCAUAAAAGUUCCAUUUACGUUCACAAGUCCUGCAUCAAUAGAAACACACUGUAUGAUUACAUGUUCACUUGGGCAUACCUUCUGAAGUGCAAUGCGUUAAUGCACAUGGCACUGUGGAGGUUAAAUUGGUGUAUAUCUAAUACAAUGUAUAUAAAUAAAAAGCAUUACCCAAGGACAGCUUCUAAAUAGCUUUGGGUUGGACAAAAAUAUAUCCAGUGGCAGUUGUUUGUAGAGCCAUUCCAUAUUCGGCUGUCUGGAUGUGAGUUGUGGAAUUCGCGGUUUGUGACGAGACAUUGUAUCUGGAGUGUAACGUGCCAUUGGCAGGUGACUGAGCUCACUCUCUGCCAUUUUAGGACAUUACGCCUUUGUGGACACUGGAGCGAUGCACAUUGAGGGCAGCACAGCCUGGCUGAUCAGCGAACACCUCCCCAAGACUGUCGGAUCCUGUUUCACAUUCUGGUAUCGUACCGACUCUUCAGACCAUAGUCGUGAGUAAUCCACUUCAAAUAAUGUCUAUAUAUAAAACUUAGUAAGAUUUCACUCAUGUAGCACAAAAUCUGCUUCUGUAAAAACACGUAGCUUUAAUUUCCCAUGAUUCAUUUGUCACAGGUUGCCAUAUCCACCAUGUUUUCCUGUGAACAAAUAAUUUCAUCCUAUUAAUUGGCCGCAAAUGAAAAUGCUUCCCUGCAGUCUGUAUAAUUUAUAAACUGCAGGAUUCCUCAUUGAUUUAUCACCGGAUUUACUAGCUGCGGUAUUUGAUUUCUACAUACUGCAGGGCAGUGCUUUCUAUGUGCCCUGGAAACUGCUUCCUUAGGCUCCUGAGAAUGUCAACAGGCACACAAACCCGUGAGCCAAUGUGACUUGUCGUAAAAAGGGAGAUCAUUGGAAAAAUAAGUACAUUUGCAAACACAGCUGGAUAUUGCUAGCAAUUAUCAUUCAAAAUGGCGGCACACGCUACUGGGUUCAGUAUAUAAACAUUUGCUUCCUGUAUAACAAACCCACAUACGUCAAUAUUGUUUUUUGGCAUAAAUUUGCUAUAAAACAGUAAAAAUAGAAAGAUGUUAGUAUUGCGUUAAAGUAACUCUGCCAUUGGCCAAAUCGUUCGAUCAUUGGUUGUUUCCCACUCAGGGAGCUAUCAGUCUGUUUUAAGUAUUUUUAUUUUCUCCCAUUGUAUUAACCAAUACCAGAUCAGAUAGGUCACUCCCUCUAUCUACAACCCAGUCCUUUUAUAAUAGACAUGUUCUCUUCACUCUGCACUUUAACUUGAGGGCACAUCUUUUUGCUGCCUCGGUUUUACUGAGAAUGCCACUUUUAGUGCAGUGAGGAUUAUUUUAGUAGCUUGGAAGAACUGGCUUAAAUACUUUUAAAAUAUAUUUCAUGCUGUGUUUAUGAUUGACCAAGCCAGAUCUUGGGGAGCUUGUCCUGUUUCUCAUCAGUAGUCAUGGCCUGCAGCCUCUCUGGGUCCUCCAUGGGUACCACAGUAGUGAAUGGGAGCAGGAACAGCUACAGAUCAACAGUACCGUGCCGUUCCAGGUAAGAUAAAUCCCUUGUACUGUUUACUGCCACCUGGUGGGUUUUUUAGGGACAACAGUUCUUAAGCGAUCAACCCAAGUCCAACUCCGCCAUACCAAAUACAAGGCAUUUAUUUCACUGAAUUCAGGUUACUGUAGCAGUUUGAUAUUUCCAUUUAACAUUUUUAUCACCAACCUCUGCAAAAUCUGCUAAUGUUUGAUUUUCUUUCAAAAACAGUGUUUAUAGGAACAGACAGAUGUGCCUCAGAGUUCAGAUAUUUUUGCUUUGAUUGAUUGAUUUACUGUGCUCCUGUUAAUUUUGGGACAAAAUAGCAGCCCCCACCUGCACUAAACCCCACACUCCAAUAAAAAAUGCUAAAUUAAACACAUGCAUGGUUUCAGUCGGGGUAUAUCUACAUAUCUAGCAAAUAGUGACACAGAUCGUUUUAAUUUGGGCAGUGGAGUGCUCCUAUAAGGUCCAACGUAAUGACAGAACGCAAAUACACCAAGCAUUAUAUUAACUAGGUUGGUUGGUAUGUGGGGUAACAUUUCAAUAGAAGUGUUUAUUGUAUUAUUCUCCUUAAAGAUCGCAUUUGAGGGUUCUAAAGGGACCAGACCGCACUCUGCUACCCUGUCUCUAGAUGAUCUGACGUACACAGCCGACGUGCCGUGCACUGCACAGAAGGAAGACAAGGGUGAGUUAAUGAAAAUCAGAUAAAGAUUAAACUCCAAUCGGACUUUGAAAUGGUUACAUAUAUUUGUUUUUUUUAAUGAUACAAUCCAGGACUUUAAACCGCUUAUUCUGCUUUAACAUGACUCAUUAUUAGGGCUGCCAGAUCCCGGACAGUGGGCCGCACUCAGGGCAGGUGCAAGGAUUCUUGCAGCUGUAGGCAACAAUCGAUUUUGCCGCCCCCUCAUGAAUACAACUACAUUCUUUCAUAGGUUUAUUCUCUAAAUGCUGAAUUGCAAGGAAGUCAUAUUUAGGGAAGGAGACGCAUUAGACAUUAAAGGGACACUAUAGGCAUCCAGACCACUUCAGCUCAUUGAAGUGGUUUGGGUGCAGUGUCCCUAUUGCACUUAGUGCUGCAGUGUAAAACAUUGCAGUUUUUGAGAAACUGCAAUGUUUACAUUGUAGCACUAAGUCUGCCUGACAGCCACUGGACCGCUUCCUAGAUGUUAACAGACUUUUGGUCUGGUAACUGACGCUGGACAUCCUCAUGCUCUGCACAAGGACAUCACGUGUCAGCUAUAUCCCCAUAGGAAGGCAUUGAUUCAAUGCUUUGCUAUGGGGAGGUCCUACUGCACGUGGCACUCUGUGCAUGCGCAUUUGGGCCCCCUCAUCAGUAGCGUUGAGUAGGCGGAGCCACAACCCAGCACCAAGGGACAUUAGCACAUGUAAGUAAAUAAAGGGUCUUUAACCCUUUAUUCACUGCAGUGGGGAUGCAGAGAGAGCUCUAGUGCCAGGAACACAUCUUUGCAGUCCUGGCACCAUAGUAUCCCUUUAAGUGAGAAAUUUAGAAAACAAACAGCUUUGGGAGAUAUUAGGGAACAGAGACUGGCAGACUUUAGGAGAGAGACACAAUGCCCAAUAUAAACACACUCAUCCAGUAUAUGCAUCCAUUUACACACGUUGCCUAAUACAUACAUCCAGGCAUGCAUACAUACUGCCUAUUACAUCCAAUUAACCAUGAGCAAACAGUCCAAUACAUACACACACCGCCUAAUACAUAUAUCAAUACACACAUACAGCGAGUGGUUAGUGUGUCAGUGACACUGACACACACACUGACAUGAACAGCGUCACUUACACAAUCUCACUGAUAUAGUGAUACUGUAAGUGUCAAAGUAACACUGUUUAACAUUCUCACCAACACACAGUCAGGUGCACACUCACAGGGUCACAAACACACCACUUUAUAUAUAGCCACACACCAAUUUACAAUCAUCUACAAAAUAAUCAGUUCCCCUUACCUGCAGAUGGGCCACACCUAAGUGAUGUGAAUGGAGGGAAAGAGGAGCAGCAACCCCAAAGCUGCAGGAAGCCUUUUUGUUCCUGGUGGGGGGGAGCAGGAGAGCCAAGCACUGUGAGCACAGGCCUGUGGUUCCGGCAUCCACAGGCAGGGGGCAGCCAGGAUACAAAGUCAUGUCCCGGCUUCCCCUACCUGCAGGAACUCUGCUUGGGUGCUGGGGUUACAGUAAACCCCACUCCCUGCGCAGGUAACAGGCUGCAGAGUGAGCUCAGCAACUGAAUGGCUGUGCUGGGGGUGGCCAUGGAGUCCACUCGCCCAGUACAUCAGCCCAGAAAGCAGCAUGACACCCUCAACAGGCCGGCACCAUAGGCGAAUGCCUUAUUUGCCUAAUGGUAGUGCCGGCCCUGGCAGCACUCAAAGUGACCAGCUACAGGAGGGCUGUCUGUUCCAUUUAGUUUCCCUCCUUUAUUAUGGAUUACUAGACAAUCAUACGAUAUGGCGGAGGUGGAGUUAUGCUCCAUUCAUACCAGUGAUUUGGAGCUUGCUACCCUGGGUAUUCUGUGAAGCAGAGCUCUGUUCUUCCCCCGCUCCUUAGUCAUUGACAACCAGGCUGCCAGUGGCUGAGCACCUGUUUAAAAGGGACAAUCUAGUCACCAGAAUCACUACAGCUUAAUGUAUAGAAUACACCUUUUAUGUAGUGAUUCGGGUGUCUGUAGCCUGCCCCUGAAGGCUUUUCAAAGCAAAGCUACCUUUACAGAGUAUUAACAACGCUGCCUAGUAACAUAUCUAGGUGUAGUCAGACAGCCCCUAGAGGUGCUUCCUGUGUAAGAUCUCUGCAUGGAGAUGCUGAUUGGUGCAGAACAAUGCAGACUUAUGCCACGCGUACGCAAUAGCCUCCCAUUGCUUUUCUAGUGGGAAAACAUUGGAUUCACUAAAAAAUCAUCAAGUUUAAUUAGCUCAGCCAUGGAGGCGGGGCCAGCCGCAGCAAUGGAGAAAAAGUACGUAAAACACCUUUUUAACUCCACUCUGAAGGGGGCUGGGCCCUAAAUAUUUACUCCAGCUCUAUAGUGUUAGGAAUACAUUUUUUGAAACUAAAGGAUCACUAUAGUUAUGAAUAGUGAAGUGGUUAUGCUGCCCCUUUAAAUAAUGUGCUAACCAUACAUAUUGGCAUUCGUGAUUCGGAUGGUAAUUUCUUGCUAAUAAUGUUAAAGGAAUGACACACCAAGGACAUGGGACACAUUUGAUUCAAGGAUCUCUCAUUCAGUGUGUUAUGCUAAUGGGAUGCAACUCCUUUGUUUGCAGGAAGCAAUAACACCGGGACGACAGUGGCUAUAGUUCUUGGAGUUUUGCUCCUGUUAGCAUGCGUUACAGCUGCCUACUAUUUUUAUCGAAAAAGGAAAAGGAACCUGGCUGAAGCCCCGCAGAUGUCCAGCCAGAGCAGUGCCAUAGAUGGAUUUGACAACGUCAUGUUUGCAGAGGUAAUGCCUGUGCAGAGCAACGUAUUAAAAUUAUUUGGUAAAAGUACAAAUCAGUGCCACUACCAACAGAUGACAGUAUCCACCACAAAAGUUGUGCACUUUGCAUGGCUUAAAAUUCCUAUUCCACUUGCACCAGGGUUACAAUUUUUUUUUUUUUUUUAAUCACGGCUAGUAAAAAUGCUGAGCCCUGCACUUUGUAAACUAAAGCUACAUAUUUUAGAGUUACUUGUAGUAAUCUCAGCCAAGUGAUCAGAGAAGCUGUAUACUAGCUAGAAAACAUCUACUUAAAAAGGAAAAUAAAGGCUUCUUUACAAGAUCACCAAACAAUUAGACUUGUGCAAAAAUGUGUUUGGAGGGAUUCAUUCAAAUCAAUAAAUAGAUCAUUCUGGGAUUUACCUUUGGCAUCCUAUUUGUUGGAAGAUUAAAACGUAUAAUAAGACAUUCACUGAAUAAGACUCGCCAGGUAGAUUCCAGACUGAUCGAAAAAAAGAGAAAUGUAUUUGAUUUGGACAAACAGGCUAAAACGUCUAGGAAGAAGUAUCUGUAAUGGUCUCUACUGUAGAAAAACCAUUGAAGCUUUUUUUGUUUUUCAAUAAAAUUACAAAGUGAAAGUUGCACAUGGGGCAUGUACUUUAAGAAUAUGGCCCUGCUAUUUUCGCCAGCACAUGGCUGACCUGACGUGUAUACCUGCACCAGUGUGAAUAAACAGACUAUAACAACCACUUCUCUUUAUCCAGGAUACAGACACCUAAACAAGAGAUCAUAACUCCAUGCUGCUCCACCAGUGAAAUCGCCCCGUAACAAGCUCCAUCGCAGAAAAAGAACCCUUUCCUUACAUGAACUGUACAGAGUCACAAUAUUUUCAUAUAAUAACAAACAAAUAGCGUGUUGCAAAGAGACUCCUUUUACCCAGAGACCUGUCUGCUAUCACAAGGAACCUGGAUCACAACGUAUUAAAGAAACUUUACACCCGGGGGUAAAUAAUGCUCCCAAGUGUUUUAUUUUCUAAACAGAAUACAAUAAAAUCAAACCCAGAUACCGGCUGUGAUAUUUCUCCAGUCUGCCGCAGAGGGGAGUAG